UUCACCGACGCACAGUGGCAGACGCUCGACUCGGUGGACUGGACAGAGUACUUCUCGCCCGAGCGUAUCCAUACACGCCCUCUCCGACGUGUCCCGGAGAGGGUCCGCGGAGGAUAUCUUGACGUCCUCAGUGCGAUCCUAGUCCGCAUUGCCCAGGACCCGGAGGCUGCUGGCCCUACCUUCCUCCUCGCUGCAGCGCCGACUCUUUUCCUUGUUCCAGCGACGCCACCCGACCGCAUCGCACAGACGGCUGCCAUUGCAACGCGCAUCUCUCGCUUGGUCGAGCUCCGCGGGGCUCUUCGGGAGGACCGUCCGGGUUGGGUCGCUGAGCACCUGCGAGACACUUUCCUAGCUUUCCCUCAGAGUCUCCAUUUCCUCCUGGCCGUGUACCAGCAGUGGCUCCGAGGCCGUUGCGCUCCAGCUGCGCGCUCCUUGCUAGCGUCCUCCACCCUCGUGGCUCUGGCGAAGUCGAACAUGGAUGUUCGGCCGAUUGCCAUCGGCGAGGUUUUGGUCCGCAUUCUUUCUCGGGCAGUUUGUCUCCAGCUACGUGACCAGAUGGCGAGGGUCUUCUUGGCAUCACAGCAGUUUGGGGUGGGGGUUACGUGCGGGACAGAGGUCGUAGUUAGAGGCGUCCGCCGCGCUCUGGCUGACCACCCAGACUGGGUGGUCCUGCAGCUAGACGUGGCGAAUGCCUUUAACUCUUUCCACCGAGACAGGAUGUUUCAGGCGCUGCAGGCCAGUCCGGAGUUUCAGUGUCUGAUCCCCUUCAUCGGCCUCUUCUACGGGACGCCCUCGGAUCUCCACUACAGGUCAGGCACGGGAGUGGUCACGAUGCACUCGGAGCGGGGCACUCGCCAGGGAGACCCUCUCAGCCCCUUCUUGUACGCUCUGACACAGCGUCUUGCUUUGGAGCCGGUUCUGGCGGAGGGGGAUGUCCAGCUCUGGUCGUACGCCGAUGACACGUACGUGCUAGGUCCCCCAGACAGGGUGCUGCACCAUUUUGCCGAGAUCGUGAGGCGCUUGGGCGAGAUGGGCCUUGCAGCCCAGCCGCACAAGUGCCUCGUCUACCAGACAGAGUCCUUUCUGUCCAGGGAUCUGGAGGCUUUCACGGGCCUAGGGAUCGAGGUCGCACGCCGAGGGCUCACCGUGACAGGCGUACCGGUAGGCACCGUUUCGUUCGUGGAGCAGAGUCUCCCGGAUCGUCUCGAGAGGAUGGGGCGGGUGCUACCUUGGCUUCCGAGGUUGCGCCAGCCCCAGACAGCUGCCCGCCUUCUUUCGGCGUGUGUCAGCACUCGUCCGCAGUACCUGUCGAGGACCGUCCCUCCUUCGCCCGCAGUGAUCUCCAGUUUUACACGGUGGGACGCACGCCUGGGAGAGACUUUUCAGCAGCUUUUAGCUUCAGGGACCUGGGCUUGUCGCGAGGACGUCCGAGAGGCCGCCCUAGACCAGAUCUUCCUCCCCAUCCGUCUCGGGGGUUUCGGCAUUCGUCGCAUGGCGCGCAUGGCCCGCUUCGCUUCAGGUGAGCCAGAGCAGAUCGACCGGGCUCUGCAGACGGCGCUAGAGGGUCUCCCUCCUGACGUUCUCUCUCUCCUUCCCCCCUGGCCCUCUUGCGCUUCUGCCUCCCCCGAUUCCCUUUUUGCAGGAGCGAGCCGUCUUCUGGAGGCGCAUGCCUUGGAGGCCGUGCGUGCCCGUCACACCUCUCCCUUGCACCUUGCCCGUUUGACUUCCCUUCAGGGCGGAGGUGCAGGAGCGUGGUUGACGUCGGUGCCGUACGCCGACCCACUGCGCAUCCCGGAGGCGCUGUGGCAGGCGGCUUCAUCUUCUCGUCUUGGUCUCCCUAUCCCCCAGUUAGCCCUUGCAGGUCAGUGCUCCUGCGGACAGGCGAUUGACGACAUGACGGUGCCUCAUCACGCGGUUCGGUGCCCGCGUUACGGGGUCGCCACUACCAUCCACGACACGGUGAAGUACAUGCUUCGAGACUUUGCGGUCGAGGCGGGCUUCGCGGUAAAGGUGGAGGACUCUACGCUGUUCACACAGUUGGAGGCGGCUCGAGCGAGACUACUGGGACAGCCAGUGGUGGGAGAGGGGACACGGGCUGAGGGACCGGGGGAGCGGAGAGGCGAGGCGGGACAGCCGGGUGGCGGGGGACAGUGGGGACGGCACCAGCUGCGGGGUCAGGUGGAGCGAGGGACAGGUGGGCAGAGGGGACGGCAGGGGGAGCAGACGGGCCAGGACGGGGAGGGGGGACGGCACAGGCAGCAGCAGGAGAGCCAGUGGAGGCCGCGGGCCCAGGGCGCCGCGCCUCCAGGUUCGGCCUCGGGGGCGGGGCAGGGGCGGGAGCAGCAGAGAGCGGACGGAGGUACAGGAGGGGCAGCGGGAUUGGGAGGGGAGGGCCAGGGAGUGAGAGAGGCAGCAGGGGAUGGAGCAGGGGGGUCGGGAGGUUUGGGGGAGGGUAGGGAGGGGGAGGGGAGAGGACAGGUGGAUGGAGGAGAGGAGAGGGGGGAGAGAGACGAUCGGAGAGGGGGCACCAAGGGACCAGACAGGGCAGCAGCCAGCGCAACAGCAGGGACCAGUCGGACGCACAGGCCGUCGGAUCCACAGCGGGAGGGGAACGUGCAGCUGAGACGGGCGACCCCCACACAGAUUGGAGUGGCAGCAGCUAGGCGGGUGCAGGAGAAGCUGCGUCACUGGGGGCCGCACUUAGAGGGGCUGCAGCCGGCACCACACUUUUACGCGUGCGUGGCGGAGACCUUUGGCCUUCUGAGUGAGCCGCUGCGUCAGUUUCUGGGGCUCUGCGCAAAGAGGAUAGCACAGCGGAGGAGGGAUAGAGGUGGGGGGGAUGACGGAUCGGCACGGAUAUUUGAGGCAGGACUCACUACACGCCUCUCCGUUGCACUGCAGCGCGCGCAGGCUCAAUGCAUGAUCCAGCAUGCGGUGCGGCAGUUAGGGAGUCACACCCCCUGCCCCCUCAUGCCAUCCGCUCCCCCCGCCCCUACCCUCCGCGUGCCCGCUCCCUUGCCGCCUCUUUUGACCCUCCCUGCCCCCCCUCGCCGUUUCCCACCGCCCGCCAUUCGCUCCUCCCCGCCCGUGCGCUCCCCUCCUUUACCUUCUCCUCCCCCCUCCCCUCCUCUGCUGCACGCCUCUUCCUUCCCCUCGCCGACCCACUCCACUCCCUGCCCCUCCUCAAUCCGCACCCUGCCCCUCGUAUCUCGCCCCCCUAUGCUUGGUUUCUCCCCUCCCUGCCCCUCGCCGCCUUUCCCCGCUCCCCACCUCCCCCCUCUCCCUGCCCCCCCCACUCUCCCCCCCCCCUUGUCCUUGGCUUCCUACCUCCCUGCCUCACCUUUCCCCCCUCCGUGUGCUCAGCUUCUCCCCUCCCUGCCCCUCCCUCCUCCCCGCCCUGCCCCUCAUUUUCCGCCCCCCCCCCCCCCACGCCCGGUUUCUCCCCUCCCCGCGCCUCCCUUUCUUUCUCCGUGCCUCUCCUUUGCUCCCUCCCUGCCCCCGCCUGCCCAUGCCCCUGUCUUUGGCUUCUCCCCUCCCUGCCCCACGUUUCUUCCCUCCCUGCCCCCCGUCUGCCCCUCCCUUGUUUUCCCCUCACCCAUUGCUUCUCUCCUCCCUGCCCUUGAUUUCCCACACCCCUGCCCUCGUUUCCUAUCAUCCAUGCCCCUCCCCCUGCCCGUUGCUGCCCCUCCCCUUGCCCCCUCAACUCCCCUGCCCCCCGUACACCCCAAGUCCCAUCCAACCGCCCCCACCCUCCCCCGGCUGCCCGUUUCCGCUCUCCACCCCCGCGACCGUGUGCGGCUUCCAACCGCCCAACGGUGUCACACCCCCUGCCCCCUCAUGCCAUCCGCUCCCCCCGCCCCUACCCUCCGCGUGCCCGCUCCCUUGCCGCCUCUUUUGACCCUCCCUGCCCCCCCUCGCCGUUUCCCACCGCCCGCCAUUCGCUCCUCCCCGCCCGUGCGCUCCCCUCCUUUACCUUCUCCUCCCCCCUCCCCUCCUCUGCUGCACGCCUCUUCCUUCCCCUCGCCGACCCACUCCACUCCCUGCCCCUCCUCAAUCCGCACCCUGCCCCUCGUAUCUCGCCCCCCUAUGCUUGGUUUCUCCCCUCCCUGCCCCUCGCCGCCUUUCCCCGCUCCCCACCUCCCCCCUCUCCCUGCCCCCCCCACUCUCCCCCCCCCUUGUCCUUGGCUUCCUACCUCCCUGCCUCACCUUUCCCCCCUCCGUGUGCUCAGCUUCUCCCCUCCCUGCCCCUCCCUCCUCCCCGCCCUGCCCCUCAUUUUCCGCCCCCCCCCCCCACGCCCGGUUUCUCCCCUCCCCGCGCCUCCCUUUCUUUCUCCGUGCCUCUCCUUUGCUCCCUCCCUGCCCCCGCCUGCCCAUGCCCCUGUCUUUGGCUUCUCCCCUCCCUGCCCCACGUUUCUUCCCUCCCUGCCCCCCGUCUGCCCCUCCCUUGUUUUCCCCUCACCCAUUGCUUCUCUCCUCCCUGCCCUUGAUUUCCCACACCCCUGCCCUCGUUUCCUAUCAUCCAUGCCCCUCCCCCUGCCCGUUGCUGCCCCUCCCCUUGCCCCCUCAACUCCCCUGCCCCCCGUACACCCCAAGUCCCAUCCAACCGCCCCCACCCUCCCCCGGCUGCCCGUUUCCGCUCUCCACCCCCGCGACCGUGUGCGGCUUCCAACCGCCCAACGGUGUCACACCCCCUGCCCCCUCAUGCCAUCCGCUCCCCCCGCCCCUACCCUCCGCGUGCCCGCUCCCUUGCCGCCUCUUUUGACCCUCCCUGCCCCCCCUCGCCGUUUCCCACCGCCCGCCAUUCGCUCCUCCCCGCCCGUGCGCUCCCCUCCUUUACCUUCUCCUCCCCCCUCCCCUCCUCUGCUGCACGCCUCUUCCUUCCCCUCGCCGACCCACUCCACUCCCUGCCCCUCCUCAAUCCGCACCCUGCCCCUCGUAUCUCGCCCCCCUAUGCUUGGUUUCUCCCCUCCCUGCCCCUCGCCGCCUUUCCCCGCUCCCCACCUCCCCCCUCUCCCUGCCCCCCCCACUCUCCCCCCCCCUUGUCCUUGGCUUCCUACCUCCCUGCCUCACCUUUCCCCCCUCCGUGUGCUCAGCUUCUCCCCUCCCUGCCCCUCCCUCCUCCCCGCCCUGCCCCUCAUUUUCCGCCCCCCCCCCCACGCCCGGUUUCUCCCCUCCCCGCGCCUCCCUUUCUUUCUCCGUGCCUCUCCUUUGCUCCCUCCCUGCCCCCGCCUGCCCAUGCCCCUGUCUUGGCUUCUCCCCUCCCUGCCCCACGUUUCUUCCCUCCCUGCCCCCCGUCUGCCCCUCCCUUGUUUCUCCCCUCACCCAUUGCUUCUCUCCUCCCUGCCCUUGAUUUCCCACACCCCUGCCCUCGUUUCCUAUCAUCCAUGCCCCUCGUUUCCCCCCUUUGUACGUUCAGCCUCUUCCCUCCCUGCCCCUCCCUUCCUCCCCCCCUGCCCUUUGCUCUCCCCUCGUUACGCUCCCUUCUCCCCAUCCCUGCUGCCCUCUUACCACCAUCAGCCCAUCCCCACGACCAGCCCCCCUCCCACCCUUCAAUCCCCCCUCCCUCUCUCUCUCUCUCUCUCUCUCUCUCUUCUUCUCACACACACACACACACGCACACUCCCCUCCCCCACCCCCCCCACCUACAUCCUCCCAUUCUGCCCCUCCCUGCCCCUUUCCCACCCCCUCGCACGCCCCUCACCUCCCACCUCCGUGCAACUGGUUUCCCCCCUAUGGUGCCACCCUUGCAUCGCUCGCCCCUCUGCUCACCCUCUGCCCGCCCCUUUUCCGUGCCCUCAGUUGGCCCAGCCCCUGCCCGUUGCUGCCCCUCCCCUUGCCCCCUCAACUCCCCUGCCCCCCGUACACCCCAAGUCCCAUCCAACCGCCCCCACCCUCCCCCGGCUGCCCGUUUCCGCUCUCCACCCCCGCGACCGUGUGCGGCUUCCAACCGCCCAACGGUGUCACACCCCCUGCCCCCUCAUGCCAUCCGCUCCCCCCGCCCCUACCCUCCGCGUGCCCGCUCCCUUGCCGCCUCUUUUGACCCUCCCUGCCCCCCCUCGCCGUUUCCCACCGCCCGCCAUUCGCUCCUCCCCGCCCGUGCGCUCCCCUCCUUUACCUUCUCCUCCCCCCUCCCCUCCUCUGCUGCACGCCUCUUCCUUCCCCUCGCCGACCCACUCCACUCCCUGCCCCUCCUCAAUCCGCACCCUGCCCCUCGUAUCUCGCCCCCCUAUGCUUGGUUUCUCCCCUCCCUGCCCCUCGCCGCCUUUCCCCGCUCCCCACCUCCCCCCUCUCCCUGCCCCCCCCCACUCUCCCCCCCCCUUGUCCUUGGCUUCCUACCUCCCUGCCUCACCUUUCCCCCCUCCGUGUGCUCAGCUUCUCCCCUCCCUGCCCCUCCCUCCUCCCCGCCCUGCCCCUCAUUUUCCGCCCCCCCCCCCCACGCCCGGUUUCUCCCCUCCCCGCGCCUCCCUUUCUUUCUCCGUGCCUCUCCUUUGCUCCCUCCCUGCCCCCGCCUGCCCAUGCCCCUGUCUUUGGCUUCUCCCCUCCCUGCCCCACGUUUCUUCCCUCCCUGCCCCCCGUCUGCCCCUCCCUUGUUUCCCCUCACCCAUUGCUUCUCUCCUCCCUGCCCUUGAUUUCCCACACCCCUGCCCUCGUUUCCUAUCAUCCAUGCCCCUCCCCCUGCCCGUUGCUGCCCCUCCCCUUGCCCCCUCAACUCCCCUGCCCCCCGUACACCCCAAGUCCCAUCCAACCGCCCCCACCCUCCCCCGGCUGCCCGUUUCCGCUCUCCACCCCCGCGACCGUGUGCGGCUUCCAACCGCCCAACGGUGUCACACCCCCUGCCCCCUCAUGCCAUCCGCUCCCCCCGCCCCUACCCUCCGCGUGCCCGCUCCCUUGCCGCCUCUUUUGACCCUCCCUGCCCCCCCUCGCCGUUUCCCACCGCCCGCCAUUCGCUCCUCCCCGCCCGUGCGCUCCCCUCCUUUACCUUCUCCUCCCCCCUCCCCUCCUCUGCUGCACGCCUCUUCCUUCCCCUCGCCGACCCACUCCACUCCCUGCCCCUCCUCAAUCCGCACCCUGCCCCUCGUAUCUCGCCCCCCUAUGCUUGGUUUCUCCCCUCCCUGCCCCUCGCCGCCUUUCCCCGCUCCCCACCUCCCCCCUCUCCCUGCCCCCCCCACUCUCCCCCCCCCUUGUCCUUGGCUUCCUACCUCCCUGCCUCACCUUUCCCCCCUCCGUGUGCUCAGCUUCUCCCCUCCCUGCCCCUCCCUCCUCCCCGCCCUGCCCCUCAUUUUCCGCCCCCCCCCCCACGCCCGGUUUCUCCCCUCCCCGCGCCUCCCUUUCUUUCUCCGUGCCUCUCCUUUGCUCCCUCCCUGCCCCCGCCUGCCCAUGCCCCUGUCUUUGGCUUCUCCCCUCCCUGCCCCACGUUUCUUCCCUCCCUGCCCCCCGUCUGCCCCUCCCUUGUUUUCCCCUCACCCAUUGCUUCUCUCCUCCCUGCCCUUGAUUUCCCACACCCCUGCCCUCGUUUCCUAUCAUCCAUGCCCCUCGUUUCCCCCCUUUCCCCUGCCCGUUGCUGCCCCUCCCCUUGCCCCCUCAACUCCCCUGCCCCCCGUACACCCCAAGUCCCAUCCAACCGCCCCCACCCUCCCCCGGCUGCCCGUUUCCGCUCUCCACCCCCGCGACCGUGUGCGGCUUCCAACCGCCCAACGGUGGUGCGCACGGGGCUCACACCCCCUGCCCCCUCAUGCCAUCCGCUCCCCCCGCCCCUACCCUCCGCGUGCCCGCUCCCUUGCCGCCUCUUUUGACCCUCCCUGCCCCCCCUCGCCGUUUCCCACCGCCCGCCAUUCGCUCCUCCCCGCCCGUGCGCUCCCCUCCUUUACCUUCUCCUCCCCCCUCCCCUCCUCUGCUGCACGCCUCUUCCUUCCCCUCGCCGACCCACUCCACUCCCUGCCCCUCCUCAAUCCGCACCCUGCCCCUCGUAUCUCGCCCCCCUAUGCUUGGUUUCUCCCCUCCCUGCCCCUCGCCGCCUUUCCCCGCUCCCCACCUCCCCCCUCUCCCUGCCCCCCCCCACUCUCCCCCCCCCUUGUCCUUGGCUUCCUACCUCCCUGCCUCACCUUUCCCCCCUCCGUGUGCUCAGCUUCUCCCCUCCCUGCCCCUCCCUCCUCCCCGCCCUGCCCCUCAUUUUCCGCCCCCCCCCCCCACGCCCGGUUUCUCCCCUCCCCGCGCCUCCCUUUCUUUCUCCGUGCCUCUCCUUUGCUCCCUCCCUGCCCCCGCCUGCCCAUGCCCCUGUCUUUGGCUUCUCCCCUCCCUGCCCCACGUUUCUUCCCUCCCUGCCCCCCGUCUGCCCCUCCCUUGUUUUCCCCUCACCCAUUGCUUCUCUCCUCCCUGCCCUUGAUUUCCCACACCCCUGCCCUCGUUUCCUAUCAUCCAUGCCCCUCGUUUCCCCCCUUUCCCCUGCCCGUUGCUGCCCCUCCCCUUGCCCCCUCAACUCCCCUGCCCCCCGUACACCCCAAGUCCCAUCCAACCGCCCCCACCCUCCCCCGGCUGCCCGUUUCCGCUCUCCACCCCCGCGACCGUGUGCGGCUUCCAACCGCCCAACGGUGUCACACCCCCUGCCCCCUCAUGCCAUCCGCUCCCCCCGCCCCUACCCUCCGCGUGCCCGCUCCCUUGCCGCCUCUUUUGACCCUCCCUGCCCCCCCUCGCCGUUUCCCACCGCCCGCCAUUCGCUCCUCCCCGCCCGUGCGCUCCCCUCCUUUACCUUCUCCUCCCCCCUCCCCUCCUCUGCUGCACGCCUCUUCCUUCCCCUCGCCGACCCACUCCACUCCCUGCCCCUCCUCAAUCCGCACCCUGCCCCUCGUAUCUCGCCCCCCUAUGCUUGCUUCUCCCCUCCCUGCCCCUCCCUCCUCCCCGCCCUGCCCCUCAUUUUCCGCCCCCCCCCCCCCACGCCCGGUUUCUCCCCUCCCCGCGCCUCCCUUUCUUUCUCCGUGCCUCUCCUUUGCUCCCUCCCUGCCCCCGCCUGCCCAUGCCCCUGUCUUUGGCUUCUCCCCUCCCUGCCCCACGUUUCUUCCCUCCCUGCCCCCCGUCUGCCCCUCCCUUGUUUUCCCCUCACCCAUUGCUUCUCUCCUCCCUGCCCUUGAUUUCCCACACCCCUGCCCUCGUUUCCUAUCAUCCAUGCCCCUCCCCCUGCCCGUUGCUGCCCCUCCCCUUGCCCCCUCAACUCCCCUGCCCCCCGUACACCCCAAGUCCCAUCCAACCGCCCCCACCCUCCCCCGGCUGCCCGUUUCCGCUCUCCACCCCCGCGACCGUGUGCGGCUUCCAACCGCCCAACGGUGUCACACCCCCUGCCCCCUCAUGCCAUCCGCUCCCCCCGCCCCUACCCUCCGCGUGCCCGCUCCCUUGCCGCCUCUUUUGACCCUCCCUGCCCCCCCUCGCCGUUUCCCACCGCCCGCCAUUCGCUCCUCCCCGCCCGUGCGCUCCCCUCCUUUACCUUCUCCUCCCCCCUCCCCUCCUCUGCUGCACGCCUCUUCCUUCCCCUCGCCGACCCACUCCACUCCCUGCCCCUCCUCAAUCCGCACCCUGCCCCUCGUAUCUCGCCCCCCUAUGCUUGCUUCUCCCCUCCCUGCCCCUCCCUCCUCCCCGCCCUGCCCCUCAUUUUCCGCCCCCCCCCCCCCACGCCCGGUUUCUCCCCUCCCCGCGCCUCCCUUUCUUUCUCCGUGCCUCUCCUUUGCUCCCUCCCUGCCCCCGCCUGCCCAUGCCCCUGUCUUUGGCUUCUCCCCUCCCUGCCCCACGUUUCUUCCCUCCCUGCCCCCCGUCUGCCCCUCCCUUGUUUUCCCCUCACCCAUUGCUUCUCUCCUCCCUGCCCUUGAUUUCCCACACCCCUGCCCUCGUUUCCUAUCAUCCAUGCCCCUCCCCCUGCCCGUUGCUGCCCCUCCCCUUGCCCCCUCAACUCCCCUGCCCCCCGUACACCCCAAGUCCCAUCCAACCGCCCCCACCCUCCCCCGGCUGCCCGUUUCCGCUCUCCACCCCCGCGACCGUGUGCGGCUUCCAACCGCCCAACGGUGUCACACCCCCUGCCCCCUCAUGCCAUCCGCUCCCCCCGCCCCUACCCUCCGCGUGCCCGCUCCCUUGCCGCCUCUUUUGACCCUCCCUGCCCCCCCUCGCCGUUUCCCACCGCCCGCCAUUCGCUCCUCCCCGCCCGUGCGCUCCCCUCCUUUACCUUCUCCUCCCCCCUCCCCUCCUCUGCUGCACGCCUCUUCCUUCCCCUCGCCGACCCACUCCACUCCCUGCCCCUCCUCAAUCCGCACCCUGCCCCUCGUAUCUCGCCCCCCUAUGCUUGCUUCUCCCCUCCCUGCCCCUCCCUCCUCCCCGCCCUGCCCCUCAUUUUCCGCCCCCCCCCCCCCACGCCCGGUUUCUCCCCUCCCCGCGCCUCCCUUUCUUUCUCCGUGCCUCUCCUUUGCUCCCUCCCUGCCCCCGCCUGCCCAUGCCCCUGUCUUUGGCUUCUCCCCUCCCUGCCCCACGUUUCUUCCCUCCCUGCCCCCCGUCUGCCCCUCCCUUGUUUUCCCCUCACCCAUUGCUUCUCUCCUCCCUGCCCUUGAUUUCCCACACCCCUGCCCUCGUUUCCUAUCAUCCAUGCCCCUCCCCCUGCCCGUUGCUGCCCCUCCCCUUGCCCCCUCAACUCCCCUGCCCCCCGUACACCCCAAGUCCCAUCCAACCGCCCCCACCCUCCCCCGGCUGCCCGUUUCCGCUCUCCACCCCCGCGACCGUGUGCGGCUUCCAACCGCCCAACGGUGUCACACCCCCUGCCCCCUCAUGCCAUCCGCUCCCCCCGCCCCUACCCUCCGCGUGCCCGCUCCCUUGCCGCCUCUUUUGACCCUCCCUGCCCCCCCUCGCCGUUUCCCACCGCCCGCCAUUCGCUCCUCCCCGCCCGUGCGCUCCCCUCCUUUACCUUCUCCUCCCCCCUCCCCUCCUCUGCUGCACGCCUCUUCCUUCCCCUCGCCGACCCACUCCACUCCCUGCCCCUCCUCAAUCCGCACCCUGCCCCUCGUAUCUCGCCCCCCUAUGCUUGCUUCUCCCCUCCCUGCCCCUCCCUCCUCCCCGCCCUGCCCCUCAUUUUCCGCCCCCCCCCCCCCACGCCCGGUUUCUCCCCUCCCCGCGCCUCCCUUUCUUUCUCCGUGCCUCUCCUUUGCUCCCUCCCUGCCCCCGCCUGCCCAUGCCCCUGUCUUUGGCUUCUCCCCUCCCUGCCCCACGUUUCUUCCCUCCCUGCCCCCCGUCUGCCCCUCCCUUGUUUUCCCCUCACCCAUUGCUUCUCUCCUCCCUGCCCUUGAUUUCCCACACCCCUGCCCUCGUUUCCUAUCAUCCAUGCCCCUCCCCCUGCCCGUUGCUGCCCCUCCCCUUGCCCCCUCAACUCCCCUGCCCCCCGUACACCCCAAGUCCCAUCCAACCGCCCCCACCCUCCCCCGGCUGCCCGUUUCCGCUCUCCACCCCCGCGACCGUGUGCGGCUUCCAACCGCCCAACGGUGUCACACCCCCUGCCCCCUCAUGCCAUCCGCUCCCCCCGCCCCUACCCUCCGCGUGCCCGCUCCCUUGCCGCCUCUUUUGACCCUCCCUGCCCCCCCUCGCCGUUUCCCACCGCCCGCCAUUCGCUCCUCCCCGCCCGUGCGCUCCCCUCCUUUACCUUCUCCUCCCCCCUCCCCUCCUCUGCUGCACGCCUCUUCCUUCCCCUCGCCGACCCACUCCACUCCCUGCCCCUCCUCAAUCCGCACCCUGCCCCUCGUAUCUCGCCCCCCUAUGCUUGCUUCUCCCCUCCCUGCCCCUCCCUCCUCCCCGCCCUGCCCCUCAUUUUCCGCCCCCCCCCCCCCACGCCCGGUUUCUCCCCUCCCCGCGCCUCCCUUUCUUUCUCCGUGCCUCUCCUUUGCUCCCUCCCUGCCCCCGCCUGCCCAUGCCCCUGUCUUUGGCUUCUCCCCUCCCUGCCCCACGUUUCUUCCCUCCCUGCCCCCCGUCUGCCCCUCCCUUGUUUUCCCCUCACCCAUUGCUUCUCUCCUCCCUGCCCUUGAUUUCCCACACCCCUGCCCUCGUUUCCUAUCAUCCAUGCCCCUCCCCCUGCCCGUUGCUGCCCCUCCCCUUGCCCCCUCAACUCCCCUGCCCCCCGUACACCCCAAGUCCCAUCCAACCGCCCCCACCCUCCCCCGGCUGCCCGUUUCCGCUCUCCACCCCCGCGACCGUGUGCGGCUUCCAACCGCCCAACGGUGUCACACCCCCUGCCCCCUCAUGCCAUCCGCUCCCCCCGCCCCUACCCUCCGCGUGCCCGCUCCCUUGCCGCCUCUUUUGACCCUCCCUGCCCCCCCUCGCCGUUUCCCACCGCCCGCCAUUCGCUCCUCCCCGCCCGUGCGCUCCCCUCCUUUACCUUCUCCUCCCCCCUCCCCUCCUCUGCUGCACGCCUCUUCCUUCCCCUCGCCGACCCACUCCACUCCCUGCCCCUCCUCAAUCCGCACCCUGCCCCUCGUAUCUCGCCCCCCUAUGCUUGGUUUCUCCCCUCCCUGCCCCUCGCCGCCUUUCCCCGCUCCCCACCUCCCCCCUCUCCCUGCCCCCCCCACUCUCCCCCCCCCUUGUCCUUGGCUUCCUACCUCCCUGCCUCACCUUUCCCCCCUCCGUGUGCUCAGCUUCUCCCCUCCCUGCCCCUCCCUCCUCCCCGCCCUGCCCCUCAUUUUCCGCCCCCCCCCCCCCCACGCCCGGUUUCUCCCCUCCCCGCGCCUCCCUUUCUUUCUCCGUGCCUCUCCUUUGCUCCCUCCCUGCCCCCGCCUGCCCAUGCCCCUGUCUUUGGCUUCUCCCCUCCCUGCCCCACGUUUCUUCCCUCCCUGCCCCCCGUCUGCCCCUCCCUUGUUUUCCCCUCACCCAUUGCUUCUCUCCUCCCUGCCCUUGAUUUCCCACACCCCUGCCCUCGUUUCCUAUCAUCCAUGCCCCUCGUUUCCCCCCUUUCCCCUGCCCGUUGCUGCCCCUCCCCUUGCCCCCUCAACUCCCCUGCCCCCCGUACACCCCAAGUCCCAUCCAACCGCCCCCACCCUCCCCCGGCUGCCCGUUUCCGCUCUCCACCCCCGCGACCGUGUGCGGCUUCCAACCGCCCAACGGUGUCACACCCCCUGCCCCCUCAUGCCAUCCGCUCCCCCCGCCCCUACCCUCCGCGUGCCCGCUCCCUUGCCGCCUCUUUUGACCCUCCCUGCCCCCCCUCGCCGUUUCCCACCGCCCGCCAUUCGCUCCUCCCCGCCCGUGCGCUCCCCUCCUUUACCUUCUCCUCCCCCCUCCCCUCCUCUGCUGCACGCCUCUUCCUUCCCCUCGCCGACCCACUCCACUCCCUGCCCCUCCUCAAUCCGCACCCUGCCCCUCGUAUCUCGCCCCCCUAUGCUUGCUUCUCCCCUCCCUGCCCCUCCCUCCUCCCCGCCCUGCCCCUCAUUUUCCGCCCCCCCCCCCCCACGCCCGGUUUCUCCCCUCCCCGCGCCUCCCUUUCUUUCUCCGUGCCUCUCCUUUGCUCCCUCCCUGCCCCCGCCUGCCCAUGCCCCUGUCUUUGGCUUCUCCCCUCCCUGCCCCACGUUUCUUCCCUCCCUGCCCCCCGUCUGCCCCUCCCUUGUUUUCCCCUCACCCAUUGCUUCUCUCCUCCCUGCCCUUGAUUUCCCACACCCCUGCCCUCGUUUCCUAUCAUCCAUGCCCCUCCCCCUGCCCGUUGCUGCCCCUCCCCUUGCCCCCUCAACUCCCCUGCCCCCCGUACACCCCAAGUCCCAUCCAACCGCCCCCACCCUCCCCCGGCUGCCCGUUUCCGCUCUCCACCCCCGCGACCGUGUGCGGCUUCCAACCGCCCAACGGUGGUGCGCACGGGGCCAUUACCGCCCCUCUCCCCUUAUCCCCCACCACGCCCCCAAGCAGGCCUUUCUCCCCCCAGCCUCCCGUCUCCCUGCCCUUAGUACCGCCGCGCUCUGCCCGUGCGUCACCCUUGCCCACUUCAUACCACCUCCCCCUCCUCUCCCCCCCCCCCGGCUUCUCCCUAUCAUCACCCGCAUGUUCCCCCACUCCCCUGUCCACAACGUCCCUCCACCCCCCUUCCUGCUUUCCCCACUCCCACUCUGCCCCCCACACCUCUACGAGCCGUACUUCCCCCUCCAGCCUCCCUUUCCCCCCCAGCUACUUCCGCAUCCAGCGUGGGCUGCACCUCUGCAUCCCGCCCUGCCAGGCCCUUCGGUGACCCAACUGCCGCCACCUGGCACCACGCCGCCUUUCCCACCCCCAUCCAAUCUCUACACCCCCUGCCCCUGCUCCCUGCGCAAUCCAGCCACCUACCCCAGCCUCCCUCUACCUCUCCCUAACUCCACACCGCCGUUCCUACCCCCAGCCAAGGUCUACACCCCUUGCUUUUGCUCCCUGGGCUGUGCCGUCCCCAACCUCCCUCCGCCUUUCCGCGGCACCAGACCGCCUCUCCCUCCCCCAGCCAACUUUUGCACCCCCUGUUCCUGCCCCUUGUGCCCUCCAACACCCUACCUCAACCCCCCCCAGUCUCCCCCUUCUCCAACACCCUCCAUAUUUCCUCCCCCCUGGGGCUCGCCCAUCCGCAGCUAUCACCCUUCAUCGAUUCCCCAAUUCCCUCUGUCCCCUGUUUCCCGGCCCCGCAUCCUAUCCUGCAUUUACCACAGCACCUCCUUUCGGUGCCCUCUCUGCCCUCCCACGUUCUCACCCCCCGCCUCCCAACCUUCUCAUUACCCGCUACCAGGCUCACGCCAACUCGACUACCCACUACCCUUUGCCCCUUCCUCUCUGUUCCCCACCCUUCCUUUCCCACCUGGCUCCACCUGCCCACCCCCACCUCCCGUGGAAUUCUGCCCUGCCCUCCCCACCUCUGGCCCACCACCUGUCCCCACACCCUGCUCACCCACCGCUACACCACCCCCGCCCCCCCACCUCCACUACAGCCCGCCAACACUUCCCCUCUCAAUCGGCCCCCAGCCCGCCCCCCCCUUGGGCCCCAAUCCCCUCCAACUGUCAGGCCCCCUCUACCCUCUCUUCCACCCACUGCGCACCGCUUUCCCCACCCUUUUCCCCUUUCCCCAAGCUAACCCCCCGCACCCCGGCCUCUGCCAGGGAGUUCCUUCCCCCUUUGACGCCCUCUUGAGCCAACCCCAGCAACUCACACCGCCACCGCCAGGCAUGCUGCCUCUAGCCAGGGGGGAACUUGCAGCUGACACUGCACGGGAAGGGGUAAGUGAGUUUGUGUGUGAAGGAGCAGCAGAGGCUACAGAGGAUGGGGCAGCAAAGGCUGCACGGGAAGGGGCAAUGGGGGUUGUGGGGGAAGGGGCAGCAGAGGCUGCAGAGGAAAGGGCAGCAGAGGCUGCAAGGGAAGGGGCAGCAGCGGCUGCACGGGAAAGGGCGGCAGGGGCUGCACGGGAAGGGGCGGCAGGGACCGUGACUCUGGCCAGGCAAAGGGCAGAGGCCAUGGAGACAGGUUUUGCAGGAGUAGGGGCCACGGAACCUGCUGCUGCGUCGGCUGGGGGAACCGCAGCAGAGGAGGCUAUAGGGACCGCACCAGCAGUCGAGGCUGCAAGGACUGCAGCAGGAGCGACAGAGGCCACAGCGGGGGCUGGUAUAGGGGGAGGUGCUACGGGUGCAGCGGGGAAGGGGGUAACGGGGACUGGUGCGAGGGAGAGUGCCGCCCCGGCUGUAGCAAGAGAGGGUACGGCAGGGGCCUCAAAGGCAGAAGGUGAGGCUGCAGCUGAAGCAGCAGGGAGGGCCAUAGCACGGCCAGUAGGGGCGGCAGGGGCCGCAGCAAACUCGGGGAAACACACAGCAGGGCCGGCAGGGCCGGCAGAGACUGCAAAAGGGGCUAGCAGUAAAGCGGCAGCAGGCGGGGUGGGCUUGGGGGACAUAGGGGCAACAGGGGAAGGAGAGGGGAGGGUGGUCCCGACCGGGGUGGGCACUGAAGAGGGGGAUGUGAUAGCGAUAGAGGAGGAUGAGGGAGAGGAUGUGAUGCACAUUGACGGGCCACUGGCCCAAUACCUCACGCUUGACGGUGAGGCCGACCCGGCCCCCCUGCAGCCUCACGUCGAGGUUCCCCCUCUACCCCCCAUGCCCGUCCCCAUGCUAGCAGAAGGACCGAUGGAGGGGCUGGGGGAGACCUUGAGGACAGAGCCGCGCGAGGGAGCCCCCAUCCUCACCUCCCGUCCUCCAGCCCACCAGCCCCCAGGAGCACCACUUCCCCACCCCCACCCUCAGGUCCCGGUAGUGUCCAGGGGGGCAGCCAAGGCCCUGGCCUUCUUGGCGGAGCCGUGCUCCCCGACCCCCACGCUGCUCCAUGGCCAGCCCCCCUCUCCGUCCCCAACGCCUGACCCCACGGUUGCAGGCGGUCCACCGGGAGAGCACGCGGGUGCGACAAGAGCAGAGUCACCCGAGGGCACCCCUUCUCUCACCUCUCACCCCUCCCCGCCCCUUCCCUCACUCCUUCCUUCACCCCCAAGGGCAGCACACCUCUGCCCCCACCCUCAGGGGCUCCUUAGAGCACCACGUGGAGCAGCCAGGGCUCUGGUCUUCCUAGAGGAGCCAUGCUCCCCGACUCCUACCAACACCCAGCCACCCCUUACCGGCCCACUACCCCCUCCUCCACCAGGCCCCCCCCCACCCGGUAGUACACACAUCUCGGAGGUUGAAGCAUCUCUGCGGCCAAAUCCCUCUCCCACACGCUACAGGCACCCAAACCACCCGAGUCGCCGCACAGCCCCAACACGCCCACCCAACAGGCUGCCCUCCCCACACCACCCCCCCCAGGCAGCCGAGACCCACCCGCAAGGGCUUGCGCCCCAGGCUCAUGGGAGCGGCGGCACCCGGGUAGAGGGGCCCACAGGAGAGGCCACCACAGAGCCCACACAAAUCUCUCUCCCCCCACCGUUUGUACCUCGCUCUAACCUCCACACUGGCCCAGCCCCUCGACCCCCACCUCCAACCCCCUCUCCCGGCCGGGUUCCCCACGAGUGGCCCCGUUGGGCAGCCAUCACCCCCCACACACAGCUUGCCCGAUCUGUUCCCACGGAGGGGGAUGUUUCGAGGAGAGUGGGGAUGCACACAGAGCACCCCCUGCCUGGCGAACCACCCAUCCUCCCUCCACCCACCCCUUUGGCCCCACAGCCCCCCCUUCCUUCACAAACAGGCGCGGACAACCAGGUUGGCCGCCGGCGGAAGAACAGGGGCAGAGGAGGCAGAGGGUCAGCCCACGUACUCCCCCCUCCCUCCCUCCCCCACCAAGAGCCCCUCCCCACCUCACAUCCCGUUGAACAAUUACCAGGCCCUACCUCUACAGCCCGUCCACCAAACCUACACUCCCGCCCCGCUCCUGCACCUCCACAGGGCCAUGGGAGCGGACCAGCCCACUCACCCCCAUUCUGCCCCUCCCGUGCUGUGUCCCCCUCCCAGGUGGCGGCGGCCGCGAUCGCUACUGGGAGGGGGGCCGUCGGGUUGAGGGAUGCGCCCAUGGCAGACGCCACCGACUCCCCCUCCCAUCCCUCCCACCCCUUCCAUGUCGACGACCCCCUACCGCAACCCAUGGUGAUUGGGGAGGGCCAAGGGGGCCUUCUAGGGCAGGGUCCACACCCGAGCUCCGCUCAGCCAGCACGCCCCACUCCACCCUCUACCCUGCCAGCCCUCCUACUCUCACCUACAGGCAGGCAGGUCUUCGAGACCCCAGAGGAGGUGAGGGCUGGCAUUUCAGAUUUGCUGGCGAUACACCGCCUGAGCAGCUCUCCGGCUGCCCCCACCCUUCCAGUCCCACAGGACCGGACCCGGACGUAUGCGGAGGUCACCCGGUCUGUCCCUUCUUUUAUCCCCCCCGCCACUCAGCCAGGCGCGUCACUCCCGACCCCAAUGGAGACGGACCGGGGUCUGAGGCCGUGUCACUCGCACCUAGACGGGGUGGCGCCUCCCCCCGUUCAGCCCGUGGCGCAGGAGGUCACCAGCAGUAGGGAUGAGGCAUCCGCCCCUACCGAGACCCCUCCGCCUGGGGUAGCAGAGCCGUCACUUGAACCGCACCCCGCCGAGGGGCAGGAGCACACCACGGCACACACUUCAGGCUCACCUCCACGUCCCCCCUCCCCAGCUUCAACACCGGUGCCGGCACGAGGCCCGGCCCUAUCCUGUGCGACACCACCUCUAUCUUCGCUGACACCCCCCCCGCGCGGGGCUGGUGAGUCGUCUCCUCCCCUCAUCCCAGGCGAUCCUGUCGGAGCUCAGGCCGCCCACGGGGUCCCCUCUACAGCCAGUUCCGACGCCACGGCCCCGAUUGACCCCGCCGACACGGCGACAUCACCCGACCAGGUCGUGAGUUGCCCCACCUGCAGGAGCUCUCUCGCGAACCGACGCGCGCUCCAGCACCACAUUCCCUUCUGCCAUCCUGCGGACGCGGCUCGCAGGGCGCAGGCUGCCCAUGAUACCGCCUCGAUCAUCCCUUCCCUCUCACAGCCCCGUGCGACCGGGAUGCAGUUCACCGACGCACAGUGGCAGACGCUCGACUCGGUGGACUGGACAGAGUACUUCUCGCCCGAGCGUAUCCAUACACGCCCUCUCCGACGUGUCCCGGAGAGGGUCCGCGGAGGAUAUCUUGACGUCCUCAGUGCGAUCCUAGUCCGCAUUGCCCAGGACCCGGAGGCUGCUGGCCCUACCUUCCUCCUCGCUGCAGCGCCGACUCUUUUCCUUGUUCCAGCGACGCCACCCGACCGCUCGCACACGGCUGCCAUUGCAACGCGCAUCUCUCGCUUUGGUCGAGGUGAGUGGGCUGAGCUAGUCUCAGAUGCACUAGGCCGUCGCACACCCCUUCCUCGCCGCACAGGUCACCGGUCACGCACCGCCACCGAUCCCUCUGCAGCAGAUGAGCGCCGCAUUGCACGUUGCCUUCGUCUGGCAGCGUGCAAUGAGACCUCACGGGCGUGCGCGGCUCUCGAGUCCGCGGAGGCAGCCCCAGAUACACAGGGGACGAUACAGCGCCUGCAGUCGAAGCACCCCAACGCGGAGAGGCCGACCCCAGCUUGGCUGUCUGGCUUCCAGGGGUCCCCUCUCGUGCUCUCGGUGGAUCACUUACGCCGCGCGAUUUUCACAGCUCCGCGGGGCUCUUCGGGAGGACCGUCCGGUUGGGUCGCUGAGCACCUGCGAGACACUUUCCUAGCUUUCCCUCAGAGUCUCCAUUUCCUCCUGGCCGUGUACCAGCAGUGGCUCCGAGGCCGUUGCGCUCCAGCUGCGCGCUCCUUGCUAGCGUCCUCCACCCUCGUGGCUCUGGCGAAGUCGAACAUGGAUGUUCGGCCGAUUGCCAUCGGCGAGGUUUUGGUCCGCAUUCUUUCUCGGGCAGUUUGUCUCCAGCUACGUGACCAGAUGGCGAGGGUCUUCUUGGCAUCACAGCAGUUUGGGGUGGGGGUUACGUGCGGGACAGAGGUCGUAGUUAGAGGCGUCCGCCGCGCUCUGGCUGACCACCCAGACUGGGUGGUCCUGCAGCUAGACGUGGCGAAUGCCUUUAACUCUUUCCACCGAGACAGGAUGUUUCAGGCGCUGCAGGCCAGUCCGGAGUUUCAGUGUCUGAUCCCCUUCAUCGGCCUCUUCUACGGGACGCCCUCGGAUCUCCACUACAGGUCAGGCACGGGAGUGGUCACGAUGCACUCGGAGCGGGGCACUCGCCAGGGAGACCCUCUCAGCCCCUUCUUGUACGCUCUGACACAGCGUCUUGCUUUGGAGCCGGUUCUGGCGGAGGGGGAUGUCCAGCUCUGGUCGUACGCCGAUGACACGUACGUGCUAGGUCCCCCAGACAGGGUGCUGCACCAUUUUGCCGAGAUCGUGAGGCGCUUGGGCGAGAUGGGCCUUGCAGCCCAGCCGCACAAGUGCCUCGUCUACCAGACAGAGUCCUUUCUGUCCAGGGAUCUGGAGGCUUUCACGGGCCUAGGGAUCGAGGUCGCACGCCGAGGGCUCACCGUGACAGGCGUACCGGUAGGCACCGUUUCGUUCGUGGAGCAGAGUCUCCCGGAUCGUCUCGAGAGGAUGGGGCGGGUGCUACCUUGGCUUCCGAGGUUGCGCCAGCCCCAGACAGCUGCCCGCCUUCUUUCGGCGUGUGUCAGCACUCGUCCGCAGUACCUGUCGAGGACCGUCCCUCCUUCGCCCGCAGUGAUCUCCAGUUUUACACGGUGGGACGCACGCCUGGGAGAGACUUUUCAGCAGCUUUUAGCUUCAGGGACCUGGGCUUGUCGCGAGGACGUCCGAGAGGCCGCCCUAGACCAGAUCUUCCUCCCCAUCCGUCUCGGGGGUUUCGGCAUUCGUCGCAUGGCGCGCAUGGCCCCGGUGAGUUUCGUGUGCUCCUGGGUGCAGUGUGCACCCAUUCUCUGUUCUCUCCCUGCGUGUGGCGAGGUGUUUCGGCAGAGCUUCGCUUCAGGUGAGCCAGAGCAGAUCGACCGGGCUCUGCAGACGGCGCUAGAGGGUCUCCCUCCUGACGUUCUCUCUCUCCUUCCCCCCUGGCCCUCUUGCGCUUCUGCCUCCCCCGAUUCCCUUUUUGCAGGAGCGAGCCGUCUUCUGGAGGCGCAUGCCUUGGAGGCCGUGCGUGCCCGUCACACCUCUCCCUUGCACCUUGCCCGUUUGACUUCCCUUCAGGGCGGAGGUGCAGGAGCGUGGUUGACGUCGGUGCCGUACGCCGACCCACUGCGCAUCCCGGAGGCGCUGUGGCAGGCGGCUUCAUCUUCUCGUCUUGGUCUCCCUAUCCCCCAGUUAGCCCUUGCAGGUCAGUGCUCCUGCGGACAGGCGAUUGACGACAUGACGGUGCCUCAUCACGCGGUUCGGUGCCCGCGUUACGGGGUCGCCACUACCAUCCACGACACGGUGAAGUACAUGCUUCGAGACUUUGCGGUCGAGGCGGGCUUCGCGGUAAAGGUGGAGGACUCUACGCUGUUCACACAGUUGGAGGCGGCUCGAGCGAGACUACUGGGACAGCCAGUGGUGGGAGAGGGGACACGGGCUGAGGGACCGGGGGAGCGGAGAGGCGAGGCGGGACAGCCGGGUGGCGGGGGACAGUGGGGACGGCACCAGCUGCGGGGUCAGGUGGAGCGAGGGACAGGUGGGCAGAGGGGACGGCAGGGGGAGCAGACGGGCCAGGACGGGGAGGGGGGACGGCACAGGCAGCAGCAGGAGAGCCAGUGGAGGCCGCGGGCCCAGGGCGCCGCGCCUCCAGGUUCGGCCUCGGGGGCGGGGCAGGGGCGGGAGCAGCAGAGAGCGGACGGAGGUACAGGAGGGGCAGCGGGAUUGGGAGGGGAGGGCCAGGGAGUGAGAGAGGCAGCAGGGGAUGGAGCAGGGGGGUCGGGAGGUUUGGGGGAGGGUAGGGAGGGGGAGGGGAGAGGACAGGUGGAUGGAGGAGAGGAGAGGGGGAGAGAGACGAUCGGAGAGGGGGCACCAAGGGACCAGACAGGGCAGCAGCCAGCGCAACAGCAGGGACCAGUCGGACGCACAGGCCGUGUAGGCACCGCCUCCCGCAUUCCAGACCUCACCUGCCGCGACGUUGGCCAGGGUCUGAUGGUUCUUGUGGAUGUCUCCAUAGCGGAUCCACAGCGGGAGGGGAACGUGCAGCUGAGACGGGCGACCCCCACACAGAUUGGAGUGGCAGCAGCUAGGCGGGUGCAGGAGAAGCUGCGUCACUGGGGGCCGCACUUAGAGGGGCUGCAGCCGGCACCACACUUUUACGCGUGCGUGGCGGAGACCUUUGGCCUUCUGAGUGAGCCGCUGCGUCAGUUUCUGGGGCUCUGCGCAAAGAGGAUAGCACAGCGGAGGAGGGAUAGAGGUGGGGGGGAUGACGGAUCGGCACGGAUAUUUGAGGCAGGACUCACUACACGCCUCUCCGUUGCACUGCAGCGCGCGCAGGCUCAAUGCAUGAUCCAGCAUGCGGUGCGGCAGUUAGGGAGUCACACCCCCUGCCCCCUCAUGCCAUCCGCUCCCCCCGCCCCUACCCUCCGCGUGCCCGCUCCCUUGCCGCCUCUUUUGACCCUCCCUGCCCCCCCUCGCCGUUUCCCACCGCCCGCCAUUCGCUCCUCCCCGCCCGUGCGCUCCCCUCCUUUACCUUCUCCUCCCCCCUCCCCUCCUCUGCUGCACGCCUCUUCCUUCCCCUCGCCGACCCACUCCACUCCCUGCCCCUCCUCAAUCCGCACCCUGCCCCUCGUAUCUCGCCCCCCUAUGCUUGCUUCUCCCCUCCCUGCCCCUCCCUCCUCCCCGCCCUGCCCCUCAUUUUCCGCCCCCCCCCCCCCACGCCCGGUUUCUCCCCUCCCCGCGCCUCCCUUUCUUUCUCCGUGCCUCUCCUUUGCUCCCUCCCUGCCCCCGCCUGCCCAUGCCCCUGUCUUUGGCUUCUCCCCUCCCUGCCCCACGUUUCUUCCCUCCCUGCCCCCCGUCUGCCCCUCCCUUGUUUUCCCCUCACCCAUUGCUUCUCUCCUCCCUGCCCUUGAUUUCCCACACCCCUGCCCUCGUUUCCUAUCAUCCAUGCCCCUCCCCCUGCCCGUUGCUGCCCCUCCCCUUGCCCCCUCAACUCCCCUGCCCCCCGUACACCCCAAGUCCCAUCCAACCGCCCCCACCCUCCCCCGGCUGCCCGUUUCCGCUCUCCACCCCCGCGACCGUGUGCGGCUUCCAACCGCCCAACGGUGUCACACCCCCUGCCCCCUCAUGCCAUCCGCUCCCCCCGCCCCUACCCUCCGCGUGCCCGCUCCCUUGCCGCCUCUUUUGACCCUCCCUGCCCCCCCUCGCCGUUUCCCACCGCCCGCCAUUCGCUCCUCCCCGCCCGUGCGCUCCCCUCCUUUACCUUCUCCUCCCCCCUCCCCUCCUCUGCUGCACGCCUCUUCCUUCCCCUCGCCGACCCACUCCACUCCCUGCCCCUCCUCAAUCCGCACCCUGCCCCUCGUAUCUCGCCCCCCUAUGCUUGCUUCUCCCCUCCCUGCCCCUCCCUCCUCCCCGCCCUGCCCCUCAUUUUCCGCCCCCCCCCCCCCACGCCCGGUUUCUCCCCUCCCCGCGCCUCCCUUUCUUUCUCCGUGCCUCUCCUUUGCUCCCUCCCUGCCCCCGCCUGCCCAUGCCCCUGUCUUUGGCUUCUCCCCUCCCUGCCCCACGUUUCUUCCCUCCCUGCCCCCCGUCUGCCCCUCCCUUGUUUUCCCCUCACCCAUUGCUUCUCUCCUCCCUGCCCUUGAUUUCCCACACCCCUGCCCUCGUUUCCUAUCAUCCAUGCCCCUCCCCCUGCCCGUUGCUGCCCCUCCCCUUGCCCCCUCAACUCCCCUGCCCCCCGUACACCCCAAGUCCCAUCCAACCGCCCCCACCCUCCCCCGGCUGCCCGUUUCCGCUCUCCACCCCCGCGACCGUGUGCGGCUUCCAACCGCCCAACGGUGUCACACCCCCUGCCCCCUCAUGCCAUCCGCUCCCCCCGCCCCUACCCUCCGCGUGCCCGCUCCCUUGCCGCCUCUUUUGACCCUCCCUGCCCCCCCUCGCCGUUUCCCACCGCCCGCCAUUCGCUCCUCCCCGCCCGUGCGCUCCCCUCCUUUACCUUCUCCUCCCCCCUCCCCUCCUCUGCUGCACGCCUCUUCCUUCCCCUCGCCGACCCACUCCACUCCCUGCCCCUCCUCAAUCCGCACCCUGCCCCUCGUAUCUCGCCCCCCUAUGCUUGGUUUCUCCCCUCCCUGCCCCUCGCCGCCUUUCCCCGCUCCCCACCUCCCCCCUCUCCCUGCCCCCCCCCCACUCUCCCCCCCCCUUGUCCUUGGCUUCCUACCUCCCUGCCUCACCUUUCCCCCCUCCGUGUGCUCAGCUUCUCCCCUCCCUGCCCCUCCCUCCUCCCCGCCCUGCCCCUCAUUUUCCGCCCCCCCCCCCCCACGCCCGGUUUCUCCCCUCCCCGCGCCUCCCUUUCUUUCUCCGUGCCUCUCCUUUGCUCCCUCCCUGCCCCCGCCUGCCCAUGCCCCUGUCUUUGGCUUCUCCCCUCCCUGCCCCACGUUUCUUCCCUCCCUGCCCCCCGUCUGCCCCUCCCUUGUUUUCCCCUCACCCAUUGCUUCUCUCCUCCCUGCCCUUGAUUUCCCACACCCCUGCCCUCGUUUCCUAUCAUCCAUGCCCCUCCCCCUGCCCGUUGCUGCCCCUCCCCUUGCCCCCUCAACUCCCCUGCCCCCCGUACACCCCAAGUCCCAUCCAACCGCCCCCACCCUCCCCCGGCUGCCCGUUUCCGCUCUCCACCCCCGCGACCGUGUGCGGCUUCCAACCGCCCAACGGUGUCACACCCCCUGCCCCCUCAUGCCAUCCGCUCCCCCCGCCCCUACCCUCCGCGUGCCCGCUCCCUUGCCGCCUCUUUUGACCCUCCCUGCCCCCCCUCGCCGUUUCCCACCGCCCGCCAUUCGCUCCUCCCCGCCCGUGCGCUCCCCUCCUUUACCUUCUCCUCCCCCCUCCCCUCCUCUGCUGCACGCCUCUUCCUUCCCCUCGCCGACCCACUCCACUCCCUGCCCCUCCUCAAUCCGCACCCUGCCCCUCGUAUCUCGCCCCCCUAUGCUUGGUUUCUCCCCUCCCUGCCCCUCGCCGCCUUUCCCCGCUCCCCACCUCCCCCCUCUCCCUGCCCCCCCCACUCUCCCCCCCCCUUGUCCUUGGCUUCCUACCUCCCUGCCUCACCUUUCCCCCCUCCGUGUGCUCAGCUUCUCCCCUCCCUGCCCCUCCCUCCUCCCCGCCCUGCCCCUCAUUUUCCGCCCCCCCCCCCCACGCCCGGUUUCUCCCCUCCCCGCGCCUCCCUUUCUUUCUCCGUGCCUCUCCUUUGCUCCCUCCCUGCCCCCGCCUGCCCAUGCCCCUGUCUUGGCUUCUCCCCUCCCUGCCCCACGUUUCUUCCCUCCCUGCCCCCCGUCUGCCCCUCCCUUGUUUUCCCCUCACCCAUUGCUUCUCUCCUCCCUGCCCUUGAUUUCCCACACCCCUGCCCUCGUUUCCUAUCAUCCAUGCCCCUCGUUUCCCCCCUUUCCCCUGCCCGUUGCUGCCCCUCCCCUUGCCCCCUCAACUCCCCUGCCCCCCGUACACCCCAAGUCCCAUCCAACCGCCCCCACCCUCCCCCGGCUGCCCGUUUCCGCUCUCCACCCCCGCGACCGUGUGCGGCUUCCAACCGCCCAACGGUGGUGCGCACGGGGCUCACACCCCCUGCCCCCUCAUGCCAUCCGCUCCCCCCGCCCCUACCCUCCGCGUGCCCGCUCCCUUGCCGCCUCUUUUGACCCUCCCUGCCCCCCCUCGCCGUUUCCCACCGCCCGCCAUUCGCUCCUCCCCGCCCGUGCGCUCCCCUCCUUUACCUUCUCCUCCCCCCUCCCCUCCUCUGCUGCACGCCUCUUCCUUCCCCUCGCCGACCCACUCCACUCCCUGCCCCUCCUCAAUCCGCACCCUGCCCCUCGUAUCUCGCCCCCCUAUGCUUGGUUUCUCCCCUCCCUGCCCCUCGCCGCCUUUCCCCGCUCCCCACCUCCCCCCUCUCCCUGCCCCCCCCCACUCUCCCCCCCCCUUGUCCUUGGCUUCCUACCUCCCUGCCUCACCUUUCCCCCCUCCGUGUGCUCAGCUUCUCCCCUCCCUGCCCCUCCCUCCUCCCCGCCCUGCCCCUCAUUUUCCGCCCCCCCCCCCCACGCCCGGUUUCUCCCCUCCCCGCGCCUCCCUUUCUUUCUCCGUGCCUCUCCUUUGCUCCCUCCCUGCCCCCGCCUGCCCAUGCCCCUGUCUUUGGCUUCUCCCCUCCCUGCCCCACGUUUCUUCCCUCCCUGCCCCCCGUCUGCCCCUCCCUUGUUUUCCCCUCACCCAUUGCUUCUCUCCUCCCUGCCCUUGAUUUCCCACACCCCUGCCCUCGUUUCCUAUCAUCCAUGCCCCUCGUUUCCCCCCUUUCCCCUGCCCGUUGCUGCCCCUCCCCUUGCCCCCUCAACUCCCCUGCCCCCCGUACACCCCAAGUCCCAUCCAACCGCCCCCACCCUCCCCCGGCUGCCCGUUUCCGCUCUCCACCCCCGCGACCGUGUGCGGCUUCCAACCGCCCAACGGUGUCACACCCCCUGCCCCCUCAUGCCAUCCGCUCCCCCCGCCCCUACCCUCCGCGUGCCCGCUCCCUUGCCGCCUCUUUUGACCCUCCCUGCCCCCCCUCGCCGUUUCCCACCGCCCGCCAUUCGCUCCUCCCCGCCCGUGCGCUCCCCUCCUUUACCUUCUCCUCCCCCCUCCCCUCCUCUGCUGCACGCCUCUUCCUUCCCCUCGCCGACCCACUCCACUCCCUGCCCCUCCUCAAUCCGCACCCUGCCCCUCGUAUCUCGCCCCCCUAUGCUUGGUUUCUCCCCUCCCUGCCCCUCGCCGCCUUUCCCCGCUCCCCACCUCCCCCCUCUCCCUGCCCCCCCCACUCUCCCCCCCCCUUGUCCUUGGCUUCCUACCUCCCUGCCUCACCUUUCCCCCCUCCGUGUGCUCAGCUUCUCCCCUCCCUGCCCCUCCCUCCUCCCCGCCCUGCCCCUCAUUUUCCGCCCCCCCCCCCACGCCCGGUUUCUCCCCUCCCCGCGCCUCCCUUUCUUUCUCCGUGCCUCUCCUUUGCUCCCUCCCUGCCCCCGCCUGCCCAUGCCCCUGUCCUUGGCUUCUCCCCUCCCUGCCCCACGUUUCUUCCCUCCCUGCCCCCCGUCUGCCCCUCCCUUGUUCUCCCCUCACCCAUUGCUUCUCUCCUCCCUGCCCUUGAUUUCCCACACCCCUGCCCUCGUUUCCUAUCAUCCAUGCCCCUCGUUUCCCCCCUUUCCCCUGCCCGUUGCUGCCCCUCCCCUUGCCCCCUCAACUCCCCUGCCCCCCGUACACCCCAAGUCCCAUCCAACCGCCCCCACCCUCCCCCGGCUGCCCGUUUCCGCUCUCCACCCCCGCGACCGUGUGCGGCUUCCAACCGCCCAACGGUGUCACACCCCCUGCCCCCUCAUGCCAUCCGCUCCCCCCGCCCCUACCCUCCGCGUGCCCGCUCCCUUGCCGCCUCUUUUGACCCUCCCUGCCCCCCCUCGCCGUUUCCCACCGCCCGCCAUUCGCUCCUCCCCGCCCGUGCGCUCCCCUCCUUUACCUUCUCCUCCCCCCUCCCCUCCUCUGCUGCACGCCUCUUCCUUCCCCUCGCCGACCCACUCCACUCCCUGCCCCUCCUCAAUCCGCACCCUGCCCCUCGUAUCUCGCCCCCCUAUGCUUGGUUUCUCCCCUCCCUGCCCCUCGCCGCCUUUCCCCGCUCCCCACCUCCCCCCUCUCCCUGCCCCCCCCACUCUCCCCCCCCUUGUCCUUGGCUUCCUACCUCCCUGCCUCACCUUUCCCCCCUCCGUGUGCUCAGCUUCUCCCCUCCCUGCCCCUCCCUCCUCCCCGCCCUGCCCCUCAUUUUCCGCCCCCCCCCCACGCCCGGUUUCUCCCCUCCCCGCGCCUCCCUUUCUUUCUCCGUGCCUCUCCUUUGCUCCCUCCCUGCCCCCGCCUGCCCAUGCCCCUGUCCUUGGCUUCUCCCCUCCCUGCCCCACGUUUCUUCCCUCCCUGCCCCCCGUCUGCCCCUCCCUUGUUCUCCCCUCACCCAUUGCUUCUCUCCUCCCUGCCCUUGAUUUCCCACACCCCUGCCCUCGUUUCCUAUCAUCCAUGCCCCUCGUUUCCCCCCUUUGUACGUUCAGCCUCUUCCCUCCCUGCCCCUCCCUUCCUCCCCCCCUGCCCUUUGCUCUCCCCUCGUUACGCUCCCUUCUCCCCAUCCCUGCUGCCCUCUUACCACCAUCAGCCCAUCCCCACGACCAGCCCCCCUCCCACCCUUCAAUCCCCCCCUCCCUCCCUCUCUCUCUCUCUCUCUCUUUCUCUCACACACACACACACACGCACACUCCCCUCCCCCACCCCCCCCCACCUACAUCCUCCCAUUCUGCCCCUCCCUGCCCCUUUCCCACCCCCUCGCACGCCCCUCACCUCCCACCUCCGUGCAACUGGUUUCCCCCCUAUGGUGCCACCCUUGCAUCGCUCGCCCCUCUGCUCACCCUCUGCCCGCCCCUUUUCCGUGCCCUCAGUUGGCCCAGCCCCUGCCCGUUGCUGCCCCUCCCCUUGCCCCCUCAACUCCCCUGCCCCCCGUACACCCCAAGUCCCAUCCAACCGCCCCCACCCUCCCCCGGCUGCCCGUUUCCGCUCUCCACCCCCGCGACCGUGUGCGGCUUCCAACCGCCCAACGGUGGUGCGCACGGGGCUCACACCCCCUGCCCCCUCAUGCCAUCCGCUCCCCCCGCCCCUACCCUCCGCGUGCCCGCUCCCUUGCCGCCUCUUUUGACCCUCCCUGCCCCCCCUCGCCGUUUCCCACCGCCCGCCAUUCGCUCCUCCCCGCCCGUGCGCUCCCCUCCUUUACCUUCUCCUCCCCCCUCCCCUCCUCUGCUGCACGCCUCUUCCUUCCCCUCGCCGACCCACUCCACUCCCUGCCCCUCCUCAAUCCGCACCCUGCCCCUCGUAUCUCGCCCCCCUAUGCUUGCUUCUCCCCUCCCUGCCCCUCCCUCCUCCCCGCCCUGCCCCUCAUUUUCCGCCCCCCCCCCACGCCCGGUUUCUCCCCUCCCCGCGCCUCCCUUUCUUUCUCCGUGCCUCUCCUUUGCUCCCUCCCUGCCCCCGCCUGCCCAUGCCCCUGUCCUUGGCUUCUCCCCUCCCUGCCCCACGUUUCUUCCCUCCCUGCCCCCCGUCUGCCCCUCCCUUGUUCUCCCCUCACCCAUUGCUUCUCUCCUCCCUGCCCUUGAUUUCCCACACCCCUGCCCUCGUUUCCUAUCAUCCAUGCCCCUCGUUUCCCCCCUUUGUACGUUCAGCCUCUUCCCUCCCUGCCCCUCCCUUCCUCCCCCCCUGCCCUUUGCUCUCCCCUCGUUACGCUCCCUUCUCCCCAUCCCUGCUGCCCUCUUACCACCAUCAGCCCAUCCCCACGACCAGCCCCCCUCCCACCCUUCAAUCCCCCCCUCCCUCCCUCUCUCUCUCUCUCUCUCUUUCUCUCACACACACACACACGCACACUCCCCUCCCCCACCCCCCCCACCUACAUCCUCCCAUUCUGCCCCUCCCUGCCCCUUUCCCACCCCCUCGCACGCCCCUCACCUCCCACCUCCGUGCAACUGGUUUCCCCCCUAUGGUGCCACCCUUGCAUCGCUCGCCCCUCUGCUCACCCUCUGCCCGCCCCUUUUCCGUGCCCUCAGUUGGCCCAGCCCCUGCCCGUUGCUGCCCCUCCCCUUGCCCCCUCAACUCCCCUGCCCCCCGUACACCCCAAGUCCCAUCCAACCGCCCCCACCCUCCCCCGGCUGCCCGUUUCCGCUCUCCACCCCCGCGACCGUGUGCGGCUUCCAACCGCCCAACGGUGGUGCGCACGGGGCUCACACCCCCUGCCCCCUCAUGCCAUCCGCUCCCCCCGCCCCUACCCUCCGCGUGCCCGCUCCCUUGCCGCCUCUUUUGACCCUCCCUGCCCCCCCUCGCCGUUUCCCACCGCCCGCCAUUCGCUCCUCCCCGCCCGUGCGCUCCCCUCCUUUACCUUCUCCUCCCCCCUCCCCUCCUCUGCUGCACGCCUCUUCCUUCCCCUCGCCGACCCACUCCACUCCCUGCCCCUCCUCAAUCCGCACCCUGCCCCUCGUAUCUCGCCCCCCUAUGCUUGCUUCUCCCCUCCCUGCCCCUCCCUCCUCCCCGCCCUGCCCCUCAUUUUCCGCCCCCCCCCCACGCCCGGUUUCUCCCCUCCCCGCGCCUCCCUUUCUUUCUCCGUGCCUCUCCUUUGCUCCCUCCCUGCCCCCGCCUGCCCAUGCCCCUGUCCUUGGCUUCUCCCCUCCCUGCCCCACGUUUCUUCCCUCCCUGCCCCCCGUCUGCCCCUCCCUUGUUCUCCCCUCACCCAUUGCUUCUCUCCUCCCUGCCCUUGAUUUCCCACACCCCUGCCCUCGUUUCCUAUCAUCCAUGCCCCUCGUUUCCCCCCUUUGUACGUUCAGCCUCUUCCCUCCCUGCCCCUCCCUUCCUCCCCCCCUGCCCUUUGCUCUCCCCUCGUUACGCUCCCUUCUCCCCAUCCCUGCUGCCCUCUUACCACCAUCAGCCCAUCCCCACGACCAGCCCCCCUCCCACCCUUCAAUCCCCCCCUCCCUCCCUCUCUCUCUCUCUCUCUCUCUUUCUCUCACACACACACACACGCACACUCCCCUCCCCCACCCCCCCCACCUACAUCCUCCCAUUCUGCCCCUCCCUGCCCCUUUCCCACCCCCUCGCACGCCCCUCACCUCCCACCUCCGUGCAACUGGUUUCCCCCCUAUGCCCCUGCCCGUUGCUGCCCCUCCCCUUGCCCCCUCAACUCCCCUGCCCCCCGUACACCCCAAGUCCCAUCCAACCGCCCCCACCCUCCCCCGGCUGCCCGUUUCCGCUCUCCACCCCCGCGACCGUGUGCGGCUUCCAACCGCCCAACGGUGUCACACCCCCUGCCCCCUCAUGCCAUCCGCUCCCCCCGCCCCUACCCUCCGCGUGCCCGCUCCCUUGCCGCCUCUUUUGACCCUCCCUGCCCCCCCUCGCCGUUUCCCACCGCCCGCCAUUCGCUCCUCCCCGCCCGUGCGCUCCCCUCCUUUACCUUCUCCUCCCCCCUCCCCUCCUCUGCUGCACGCCUCUUCCUUCCCCUCGCCGACCCACUCCACUCCCUGCCCCUCCUCAAUCCGCACCCUGCCCCUCGUAUCUCGCCCCCCUAUGCUUGGUUUCUCCCCUCCCUGCCCCUCGCCGCCUUUCCCCGCUCCCCACCUCCCCCCUCUCCCUGCCCCCCCCACUCUCCCCCCCCUUGUCCUUGGCUUCCUACCUCCCUGCCUCACCUUUCCCCCCUCCGUGUGCUCAGCUUCUCCCCUCCCUGCCCCUCCCUCCUCCCCGCCCUGCCCCUCAUUUUCCGCCCCCCCCCCACGCCCGGUUUCUCCCCUCCCCGCGCCUCCCUUUCUUUCUCCGUGCCUCUCCUUUGCUCCCUCCCUGCCCCCGCCUGCCCAUGCCCCUGUCCUUGGCUUCUCCCCUCCCUGCCCCACGUUUCUUCCCUCCCUGCCCCCCGUCUGCCCCUCCCUUGUUCUCCCCUCACCCAUUGCUUCUCUCCUCCCUGCCCUUGAUUUCCCACACCCCUGCCCUCGUUUCCUAUCAUCCAUGCCCCUCGUUUCCCCCCUUUGUACGUUCAGCCUCUUCCCUCCCUGCCCCUCCCUUCCUCCCCCCCUGCCCUUUGCUCUCCCCUCGUUACGCUCCCUUCUCCCCAUCCCUGCUGCCCUCUUACCACCAUCAGCCCAUCCCCACGACCAGCCCCCCUCCCACCCUUCAAUCCCCCCCUCCCUCCCUCUCUCUCUCUCUCUCUCUCUUUCUCUCACACACACACACACACGCACACUCCCCUCCCCCACCCCCCCCACCUACAUCCUCCCAUUCUGCCCCUCCCUGCCCCUUUCCCACCCCCUCGCACGCCCCUCACCUCCCACCUCCGUGCAACUGGUUUCCCCCCUAUGGUGCCACCCUUGCAUCGCUCGCCCCUCUGCUCACCCUCUGCCCGCCCCUUUUCCGUGCCCUCAGUUGGCCCAGCCCCUGCCCGUUGCUGCCCCUCCCCUUGCCCCCUCAACUCCCCUGCCCCCCGUACACCCCAAGUCCCAUCCAACCGCCCCCACCCUCCCCCGGCUGCCCGUUUCCGCUCUCCACCCCCGCGACCGUGUGCGGCUUCCAACCGCCCAACGGUGGUGCGCACGGGGCUCACACCCCCUGCCCCCUCAUGCCAUCCGCUCCCCCCGCCCCUACCCUCCGCGUGCCCGCUCCCUUGCCGCCUCUUUUGACCCUCCCUGCCCCCCCUCGCCGUUUCCCACCGCCCGCCAUUCGCUCCUCCCCGCCCGUGCGCUCCCCUCCUUUACCUUCUCCUCCCCCCUCCCCUCCUCUGCUGCACGCCUCUUCCUUCCCCUCGCCGACCCACUCCACUCCCUGCCCCUCCUCAAUCCGCACCCUGCCCCUCGUAUCUCGCCCCCCUAUGCUUGGUUUCUCCCCUCCCUGCCCCUCGCCGCCUUUCCCCGCUCCCCACCUCCCCCCUCUCCCUGCCCCCCCCCACUCUCCCCCCCCUUGUCCUUGGCUUCCUACCUCCCUGCCUCACCUUUCCCCCCUCCGUGUGCUCAGCUUCUCCCCUCCCUGCCCCUCCCUCCUCCCCGCCCUGCCCCUCAUUUUCCGCCCCCCCCCCACGCCCGGUUUCUCCCCUCCCCGCGCCUCCCUUUCUUUCUCCGUGCCUCUCCUUUGCUCCCUCCCUGCCCCCGCCUGCCCAUGCCCCUGUCCUUGGCUUCUCCCCUCCCUGCCCCACGUUUCUUCCCUCCCUGCCCCCCGUCUGCCCCUCCCUUGUUCUCCCCUCACCCAUUGCUUCUCUCCUCCCUGCCCUUGAUUUCCCACACCCCUGCCCUCGUUUCCUAUCAUCCAUGCCCCUCGUUUCCCCCCUUUGUACGUUCAGCCUCUUCCCUCCCUGCCCCUCCCUUCCUCCCCCCCUGCCCUUUGCUCUCCCCUCGUUACGCUCCCUUCUCCCCAUCCCUGCUGCCCUCUUACCACCAUCAGCCCAUCCCCACGACCAGCCCCCCUCCCACCCUUCAAUCCCCCCCUCCCUCCCUCUCUCUCUCUCUCUCUCUUUCUCUCACACACACACACACGCACACUCCCCUCCCCCACCCCCCCCCACCUACAUCCUCCCAUUCUGCCCCUCCCUGCCCCUUUCCCACCCCCUCGCACGCCCCUCACCUCCCACCUCCGUGCAACUGGUUUCCCCCCUAUGGUGCCACCCUUGCAUCGCUCGCCCCUCUGCUCACCCUCUGCCCGCCCCUUUUCCGUGCCCUCAGUUGGCCCAGCCCCUGCCCGUUGCUGCCCCUCCCCUUGCCCCCUCAACUCCCCUGCCCCCCGUACACCCCAAGUCCCAUCCAACCGCCCCCACCCUCCCCCGGCUGCCCGUUUCCGCUCUCCACCCCCGCGACCGUGUGCGGCUUCCAACCGCCCAACGGUGGUGCGCACGGGGCUCACACCCCCUGCCCCCUCAUGCCAUCCGCUCCCCCCGCCCCUACCCUCCGCGUGCCCGCUCCCUUGCCGCCUCUUUUGACCCUCCCUGCCCCCCCUCGCCGUUUCCCACCGCCCGCCAUUCGCUCCUCCCCGCCCGUGCGCUCCCCUCCUUUACCUUCUCCUCCCCCCUCCCCUCCUCUGCUGCACGCCUCUUCCUUCCCCUCGCCGACCCACUCCACUCCCUGCCCCUCCUCAAUCCGCACCCUGCCCCUCGUAUCUCGCCCCCCUAUGCUUGGUUUCUCCCCUCCCUGCCCCUCGCCGCCUUUCCCCGCUCCCCACCUCCCCCCUCCCCCCCCCACUCUCCCCCCCCCUUGUCCUUGGCUUCCUACCUCCCUGCCUCACCUUUCCCCCCUCCGUGUGCUCAGCUUCUCCCCUCCCUGCCCCUCCCUCCUCCCCGCCCUGCCCCUCAUUUUCCGCCCCCCCCCCCACGCCCGGUUUCUCCCCUCCCCGCGCCUCCCUUUCUUUCUCCGUGCCUCUCCUUUGCUCCCUCCCUGCCCCCGCCUGCCCAUGCCCCUGUCCUUGGCUUCUCCCCUCCCUGCCCCACGUUUCUUCCCUCCCUGCCCCCCGUCUGCCCCUCCCUUGUUCUCCCCUCACCCAUUGCUUCUCUCCUCCCUGCCCUUGAUUUCCCACACCCCUGCCCUCGUUUCCUAUCAUCCAUGCCCCUCGUUUCCCCCCUUUGUACGUUCAGCCUCUUCCCUCCCUGCCCCUCCCUUCCUCCCCCCCUGCCCUUUGCUCUCCCCUCGUUACGCUCCCUUCUCCCCAUCCCUGCUGCCCUCUUACCACCAUCAGCCCAUCCCCACGACCAGCCCCCCUCCCACCCUUCAAUCCCCCCUCCCUCCCUCUCUCUCUCUCUCUCUCUCUUUCUCUCACACACACACACACGCACACUCCCCUCCCCCACCCCCCCCCACCUACAUCCUCCCAUUCUGCCCCUCCCUGCCCCUUUCCCACCCCCUCGCACGCCCCUCACCUCCCACCUCCGUGCAACUGGUUUCCCCCCUAUGGUGCCACCCUUGCAUCGCUCGCCCCUCUGCUCACCCUCUGCCCGCCCCUUUUCCGUGCCCUCAGUUGGCCCAGCCCCUGCCCGUUGCUGCCCCUCCCCUUGCCCCCUCAACUCCCCUGCCCCCCGUACACCCCAAGUCCCAUCCAACCGCCCCCACCCUCCCCCGGCUGCCCGUUUCCGCUCUCCACCCCCGCGACCGUGUGCGGCUUCCAACCGCCCAACGGUGGUGCGCACGGGGCUCACACCCCCUGCCCCCUCAUGCCAUCCGCUCCCCCCGCCCCUACCCUCCGCGUGCCCGCUCCCUUGCCGCCUCUUUUGACCCUCCCUGCCCCCCCUCGCCGUUUCCCACCGCCCGCCAUUCGCUCCUCCCCGCCCGUGCGCUCCCCUCCUUUACCUUCUCCUCCCCCCUCCCCUCCUCUGCUGCACGCCUCUUCCUUCCCCUCGCCGACCCACUCCACUCCCUGCCCCUCCUCAAUCCGCACCCUGCCCCUCGUAUCUCGCCCCCCUAUGCUUGGUUUCUCCCCUCCCUGCCCCUCGCCGCCUUUCCCCGCUCCCCACCUCCCCCCUCUCCCUGCCCCCCCCCACUCUCCCCCCCCCUUGUCCUUGGCUUCCUACCUCCCUGCCUCACCUUUCCCCCCUCCGUGUGCUCAGCUUCUCCCCUCCCUGCCCCUCCCUCCUCCCCGCCCUGCCCCUCAUUUUCCGCCCCCCCCCCACGCCCGGUUUCUCCCCUCCCCGCGCCUCCCUUUCUUUCUCCGUGCCUCUCCUUUGCUCCCUCCCUGCCCCCGCCUGCCCAUGCCCCUGUCCUUGGCUUCUCCCCUCCCUGCCCCACGUUUCUUCCCUCCCUGCCCCCCGUCUGCCCCUCCCUUGUUCUCCCCUCACCCAUUGCUUCUCUCCUCCCUGCCCUUGAUUUCCCACACCCCUGCCCUCGUUUCCUAUCAUCCAUGCCCCUCGUUUCCCCCCUUUGUACGUUCAGCCUCUUCCCUCCCUGCCCCUCCCUUCCUCCCCCCCUGCCCUUUGCUCUCCCCUCGUUACGCUCCCUUCUCCCCAUCCCUGCUGCCCUCUUACCACCAUCAGCCCAUCCCCACGACCAGCCCCCCUCCCACCCUUCAAUCCCCCCCUCCCUCCUCUCUCUCUCUCUCUCUCUCUCUUCUUCUCACACACACACACACACGCACACUCCCCUCCCCCCAUCACCCCCCCCACCUACAUCCUCCCAUUCUGCCCCUCCCUGCCCCUUUCCCACCCCCUCGCACGCCCCUCACCUCCCACCUCCGUGCAACUGGUUUCCCCCCUAUGGUGCCACCCUUGCAUCGCUCGCCCCUCUGCUCACCCUCUGCCCGCCCCUUUUCCGUGCCCUCAGUUGGCCCAGCCCCUGCCCGUUGCUGCCCCUCCCCUUGCCCCCUCAACUCCCCUGCCCCCCGUACACCCCAAGUCCCAUCCAACCGCCCCCACCCUCCCCCGGCUGCCCGUUUCCGCUCUCCACCCCCGCGACCGUGUGCGGCUUCCAACCGCCCAACGGUGGUGCGCACGGGGCUCACACCCCCUGCCCCCUCAUGCCAUCCGCUCCCCCCGCCCCUACCCUCCGCGUGCCCGCUCCCUUGCCGCCUCUUUUGACCCUCCCUGCCCCCCCUCGCCGUUUCCCACCGCCCGCCAUUCGCUCCUCCCCGCCCGUGCGCUCCCCUCCUUUACCUUCUCCUCCCCCCUCCCCUCCUCUGCUGCACGCCUCUUCCUUCCCCUCGCCGACCCACUCCACUCCCUGCCCCUCCUCAAUCCGCACCCUGCCCCUCGUAUCUCGCCCCCCUAUGCUUGGUUUCUCCCCUCCCUGCCCCUCGCCGCCUUUCCCCGCUCCCCACCUCCCCCCUCUCCCUGCCCCCCCCCACUCUCCCCCCCCUUGUCCUUGGCUUCCUACCUCCCUGCCUCACCUUUCCCCCCUCCGUGUGCUCAGCUUCUCCCCUCCCUGCCCCUCCCUCCUCCCCGCCCUGCCCCUCAUUUUCCGCCCCCCCCCCCACGCCCGGUUUCUCCCCUCCCCGCGCCUCCCUUUCUUUCUCCGUGCCUCUCCUUUGCUCCCUCCCUGCCCCCGCCUGCCCAUGCCCCUGUCCUUUGGCUUCUCCCCUCCCUGCCCCACGUUUCUUCCCUCCCUGCCCCCCGUCUGCCCCUCCCUUGUUCUCCCCUCACCCAUUGCUUCUCUCCUCCCUGCCCUUGAUUUCCCACACCCCUGCCCUCGUUUCCUAUCAUCCAUGCCCCUCCCCCUGCCCGUUGCUGCCCCUCCCCUUGCCCCCUCAACUCCCCUGCCCCCCGUACACCCCAAGUCCCAUCCAACCGCCCCCACCCUCCCCCGGCUGCCCGUUUCCGCUCUCCACCCCCGCGACCGUGUGCGGCUUCCAACCGCCCAACGGUGGUGCGCACGGGGCUCACACCCCCUGCCCCCUCAUGCCAUCCGCUCCCCCCGCCCCUACCCUCCGCGUGCCCGCUCCCUUGCCGCCUCUUUUGACCCUCCCUGCCCCCCCUCGCCGUUUCCCACCGCCCGCCAUUCGCUCCUCCCCGCCCGUGCGCUCCCCUCCUUUACCUUCUCCUCCCCCCUCCCCUCCUCUGCUGCACGCCUCUUCCUUCCCCUCGCCGACCCACUCCACUCCCUGCCCCUCCUCAAUCCGCACCCUGCCCCUCGUAUCUCGCCCCCCUAUGCUUGGUUUCUCCCCUCCCUGCCCCUCGCCGCCUUUCCCCGCUCCCCACCUCCCCCCUCUCCCUGCCCCCCCCACUCUCCCCCCCCCUUGUCCUUGGCUUCCUACCUCCCUGCCUCACCUUUCCCCCCUCCGUGUGCUCAGCUUCUCCCCUCCCUGCCCCUCCCUCCUCCCCGCCCUGCCCCUCAUUUUCCGCCCCCCCCCCCACGCCCGGUUUCUCCCCUCCCCGCGCCUCCCUUUCUUUCUCCGUGCCUCUCCUUUGCUCCCUCCCUGCCCCCGCCUGCCCAUGCCCCUGUCUUUGGCUUCUCCCCUCCCUGCCCCACGUUUCUUCCCUCCCUGCCCCCCGUCUGCCCCUCCCUUGUUUCCCCUCACCCAUUGCUUCUCUCCUCCCUGCCCUUGAUUUCCCACACCCCUGCCCUCGUUUCCUAUCAUCCAUGCCCCUCGUUUCCCCCCUUUGUACGUUCAGCCUCUUCCCUCCCUGCCCCUCCCUUCCUCCCCCCCUGCCCUUUGCUCUCCCCUCGUUACGCUCCCUUCUCCCCAUCCCUGCUGCCCUCUUACCACCAUCAGCCCAUCCCCACGACCAGCCCCCCUCCCACCCUUCAAUCCCCCCCUCCCUCUCUCUCUCUCUCUCUCUCUCUCUCUCUCUUUCUCACACACACACACACACGCACACUCCCCUCCCCCACCCCCCCCACCUACAUCCUCCCAUUCUGCCCCUCCCUGCCCCUUUCCCACCCCCUCGCACGCCCCUCACCUCCCACCUCCGUGCAACUGGUUUCCCCCCUAUGGUGCCACCCUUGCAUCGCUCGCCCCUCUGCUCACCCUCUGCCCGCCCCUUUUCCGUGCCCUCAGUUGGCCCAGCCCCUGCCCGUUGCUGCCCCUCCCCUUGCCCCCUCAACUCCCCUGCCCCCCGUACACCCCAAGUCCCAUCCAACCGCCCCCACCCUCCCCCGGCUGCCCGUUUCCGCUCUCCACCCCCGCGACCGUGUGCGGCUUCCAACCGCCCAACGGUGGUGCGCACGGGGCUCACACCCCCUGCCCCCUCAUGCCAUCCGCUCCCCCCGCCCCUACCCUCCGCGUGCCCGCUCCCUUGCCGCCUCUUUUGACCCUCCCUGCCCCCCCUCGCCGUUUCCCACCGCCCGCCAUUCGCUCCUCCCCGCCCGUGCGCUCCCCUCCUUUACCUUCUCCUCCCCCCUCCCCUCCUCUGCUGCACGCCUCUUCCUUCCCCUCGCCGACCCACUCCACUCCCUGCCCCUCCUCAAUCCGCACCCUGCCCCUCGUAUCUCGCCCCCCUAUGCUUGGUUUCUCCCCUCCCUGCCCCUCGCCGCCUUUCCCCGCUCCCCACCUCCCCCCUCUCCCUGCCCCCCCCACUCUCCCCCCCCUUGUCCUUGGCUUCCUACCUCCCUGCCUCACCUUUCCCCCCUCCGUGUGCUCAGCUUCUCCCCUCCCUGCCCCUCCCUCCUCCCCGCCCUGCCCCUCAUUUUCCGCCCCCCCCCCCCACGCCCGGUUUCUCCCCUCCCCGCGCCUCCCUUUCUUUCUCCGUGCCUCUCCUUUGCUCCCUCCCUGCCCCCGCCUGCCCAUGCCCCUGUCUUUGGCUUCUCCCCUCCCUGCCCCACGUUUCUUCCCUCCCUGCCCCCCGUCUGCCCCUCCCUUGUUUUCCCCUCACCCAUUGCUUCUCUCCUCCCUGCCCUUGAUUUCCCACACCCCUGCCCUCGUUUCCUAUCAUCCAUGCCCCUCGUUUCCCCCCUUUGUACGUUCAGCCUCUUCCCUCCCUGCCCCUCCCUUCCUCCCCCCCUGCCCUUUGCUCUCCCCUCGUUACGCUCCCUUCUCCCCAUCCCUGCUGCCCUCUUACCACCAUCAGCCCAUCCCCACGACCAGCCCCCCUCCCACCCUUCAAUCCCCCCCUCCCUCUCUCUCUCUCUCUCUCUCUCUCUCUCUUUCUCACACACACACACACACGCACACUCCCCUCCCCCACCCCCCCCACCUACAUCCUCCCAUUCUGCCCCUCCCUGCCCCUUUCCCACCCCCUCGCACGCCCCUCACCUCCCACCUCCGUGCAACUGGUUUCCCCCCUAUGGUGCCACCCUUGCAUCGCUCGCCCCUCUGCUCACCCUCUGCCCGCCCCUUUUCCGUGCCCUCAGUUGGCCCAGCCCCUGCCCGUUGCUGCCCCUCCCCUUGCCCCCUCAACUCCCCUGCCCCCCGUACACCCCAAGUCCCAUCCAACCGCCCCCACCCUCCCCCGGCUGCCCGUUUCCGCUCUCCACCCCCGCGACCGUGUGCGGCUUCCAACCGCCCAACGGUGGUGCGCACGGGGCUCACACCCCCUGCCCCCUCAUGCCAUCCGCUCCCCCCGCCCCUACCCUCCGCGUGCCCGCUCCCUUGCCGCCUCUUUUGACCCUCCCUGCCCCCCCUCGCCGUUUCCCACCGCCCGCCAUUCGCUCCUCCCCGCCCGUGCGCUCCCCUCCUUUACCUUCUCCUCCCCCCUCCCCUCCUCUGCUGCACGCCUCUUCCUUCCCCUCGCCGACCCACUCCACUCCCUGCCCCUCCUCAAUCCGCACCCUGCCCCUCGUAUCUCGCCCCCCUAUGCUUGGUUUCUCCCCUCCCUGCCCCUCGCCGCCUUUCCCCGCUCCCCACCUCCCCCCUCUCCCUGCCCCCCCCACUCUCCCCCCCCCUUGUCCUUGGCUUCCUACCUCCCUGCCUCACCUUUCCCCCCUCCGUGUGCUCAGCUUCUCCCCUCCCUGCCCCUCCCUCCUCCCCGCCCUGCCCCUCAUUUUCCGCCCCCCCCCCCCACGCCCGGUUUCUCCCCUCCCCGCGCCUCCCUUUCUUUCUCCGUGCCUCUCCUUUGCUCCCUCCCUGCCCCCGCCUGCCCAUGCCCCUGUCUUUGGCUUCUCCCCUCCCUGCCCCACGUUUCUUCCCUCCCUGCCCCCCGUCUGCCCCUCCCUUGUUUUCCCCUCACCCAUUGCUUCUCUCCUCCCUGCCCUUGAUUUCCCACACCCCUGCCCUCGUUUCCUAUCAUCCAUGCCCCUCCCCCUGCCCGUUGCUGCCCCUCCCCUUGCCCCCUCAACUCCCCUGCCCCCCGUACACCCCAAGUCCCAUCCAACCGCCCCCACCCUCCCCCGGCUGCCCGUUUCCGCUCUCCACCCCCGCGACCGUGUGCGGCUUCCAACCGCCCAACGGUGGUGCGCACGGGGCUCACACCCCCUGCCCCCUCAUGCCAUCCGCUCCCCCCGCCCCUACCCUCCGCGUGCCCGCUCCCUUGCCGCCUCUUUUGACCCUCCCUGCCCCCCCUCGCCGUUUCCCACCGCCCGCCAUUCGCUCCUCCCCGCCCGUGCGCUCCCCUCCUUUACCUUCUCCUCCCCCCUCCCCUCCUCUGCUGCACGCCUCUUCCUUCCCCUCGCCGACCCACUCCACUCCCUGCCCCUCCUCAAUCCGCACCCUGCCCCUCGUAUCUCGCCCCCCUAUGCUUGGUUUCUCCCCUCCCUGCCCCUCGCCGCCUUUCCCCGCUCCCCACCUCCCCCCUCUCCCUGCCCCCCCCACUCUCCCCCCCCCUUGUCCUUGGCUUCCUACCUCCCUGCCUCACCUUUCCCCCCUCCGUGUGCUCAGCUUCUCCCCUCCCUGCCCCUCCCUCCUCCCCGCCCUGCCCCUCAUUUUCCGCCCCCCCCCCCCACGCCCGGUUUCUCCCCUCCCCGCGCCUCCCUUUCUUUCUCCGUGCCUCUCCUUUGCUCCCUCCCUGCCCCCGCCUGCCCAUGCCCCUGUCUUUGGCUUCUCCCCUCCCUGCCCCACGUUUCUUCCCUCCCUGCCCCCCGUCUGCCCCUCCCUUGUUUCCCCUCACCCAUUGCUUCUCUCCUCCCUGCCCUUGAUUUCCCACACCCCUGCCCUCGUUUCCUAUCAUCCAUGCCCCUCGUUUCCCCCCUUUGUACGUUCAGCCUCUUCCCUCCCUGCCCCUCCCUUCCUCCCCCCCUGCCCUUUGCUCUCCCCUCGUUACGCUCCCUUCUCCCCAUCCCUGCUGCCCUCUUACCACCAUCAGCCCAUCCCCACGACCAGCCCCCCUCCCACCCUUCAAUCCCCCCCUCCCUCUCUCUCUCUCUCUCUCUCUCUCUCUCUUCUUCUCACACACACACACACACGCACACUCCCCUCCCCCACCCCCCCCCACCUACAUCCUCCCAUUCUGCCCCUCCCUGCCCCUUUCCCACCCCCUCGCACGCCCCUCACCUCCCACCUCCGUGCAACUGGUUUCCCCCCUAUGGUGCCACCCUUGCAUCGCUCGCCCCUCUGCUCACCCUCUGCCCGCCCCUUUUCCGUGCCCUCAGUUGGCCCAGCCCCUGCCCGUUGCUGCCCCUCCCCUUGCCCCCUCAACUCCCCUGCCCCCCGUACACCCCAAGUCCCAUCCAACCGCCCCCACCCUCCCCCGGCUGCCCGUUUCCGCUCUCCACCCCCGCGACCGUGUGCGGCUUCCAACCGCCCAACGGUGGUGCGCACGGGGCUCACACCCCCUGCCCCCUCAUGCCAUCCGCUCCCCCCGCCCCUACCCUCCGCGUGCCCGCUCCCUUGCCGCCUCUUUUGACCCUCCCUGCCCCCCCUCGCCGUUUCCCACCGCCCGCCAUUCGCUCCUCCCCGCCCGUGCGCUCCCCUCCUUUACCUUCUCCUCCCCCCUCCCCUCCUCUGCUGCACGCCUCUUCCUUCCCCUCGCCGACCCACUCCACUCCCUGCCCCUCCUCAAUCCGCACCCUGCCCCUCGUAUCUCGCCCCCCUAUGCUUGGUUUCUCCCCUCCCUGCCCCUCGCCGCCUUUCCCCGCUCCCCACCUCCCCCCUCUCCCUGCCCCCCCCACUCUCCCCCCCCCUUGUCCUUGGCUUCCUACCUCCCUGCCUCACCUUUCCCCCCUCCGUGUGCUCAGCUUCUCCCCUCCCUGCCCCUCCCUCCUCCCCGCCCUGCCCCUCAUUUUCCGCCCCCCCCCCCCACGCCCGGUUUCUCCCCUCCCCGCGCCUCCCUUUCUUUCUCCGUGCCUCUCCUUUGCUCCCUCCCUGCCCCCGCCUGCCCAUGCCCCUGUCUUUGGCUUCUCCCCUCCCUGCCCCACGUUUCUUCCCUCCCUGCCCCCCGUCUGCCCCUCCCUUGUUUUCCCCUCACCCAUUGCUUCUCUCCUCCCUGCCCUUGAUUUCCCACACCCCUGCCCUCGUUUCCUAUCAUCCAUGCCCCUCCCCCUGCCCGUUGCUGCCCCUCCCCUUGCCCCCUCAACUCCCCUGCCCCCCGUACACCCCAAGUCCCAUCCAACCGCCCCCACCCUCCCCCGGCUGCCCGUUUCCGCUCUCCACCCCCGCGACCGUGUGCGGCUUCCAACCGCCCAACGGUGUCACACCCCCUGCCCCCUCAUGCCAUCCGCUCCCCCCGCCCCUACCCUCCGCGUGCCCGCUCCCUUGCCGCCUCUUUUGACCCUCCCUGCCCCCCCUCGCCGUUUCCCACCGCCCGCCAUUCGCUCCUCCCCGCCCGUGCGCUCCCCUCCUUUACCUUCUCCUCCCCCCUCCCCUCCUCUGCUGCACGCCUCUUCCUUCCCCUCGCCGACCCACUCCACUCCCUGCCCCUCCUCAAUCCGCACCCUGCCCCUCGUAUCUCGCCCCCCUAUGCUUGGUUUCUCCCCUCCCUGCCCCUCGCCGCCUUUCCCCGCUCCCCACCUCCCCCCUCUCCCUGCCCCCCCCCACUCUCCCCCCCCCUUGUCCUUGGCUUCCUACCUCCCUGCCUCACCUUUCCCCCCUCCGUGUGCUCAGCUUCUCCCCUCCCUGCCCCUCCCUCCUCCCCGCCCUGCCCCUCAUUUUCCGCCCCCCCCCCCCCACGCCCGGUUUCUCCCCUCCCCGCGCCUCCCUUUCUUUCUCCGUGCCUCUCCUUUGCUCCCUCCCUGCCCCCGCCUGCCCAUGCCCCUGUCUUUGGCUUCUCCCCUCCCUGCCCCACGUUUCUUCCCUCCCUGCCCCCCGUCUGCCCCUCCCUUGUUUUCCCCUCACCCAUUGCUUCUCUCCUCCCUGCCCUUGAUUUCCCACACCCCUGCCCUCGUUUCCUAUCAUCCAUGCCCCUCGUUUCCCCCCUUUGUACGUUCAGCCUCUUCCCUCCCUGCCCCUCCCUUCCUCCCCCCCUGCCCUUUGCUCUCCCCUCGUUACGCUCCCUUCUCCCCAUCCCUGCUGCCCUCUUACCACCAUCAGCCCAUCCCCACGACCAGCCCCCCUCCCACCCUUCAAUCCCCCCCUCCCUCUCUCUCUCUCUCUCUCUCUCUCUCUCUCUCUUUCUCACACACACACACACACGCACACUCCCCUCCCCCACCCCCCCCACCUACAUCCUCCCAUUCUGCCCCUCCCUGCCCCUUUCCCACCCCCUCGCACGCCCCUCACCUCCCACCUCCGUGCAACUGGUUUCCCCCCUAUGGUGCCACCCUUGCAUCGCUCGCCCCUCUGCUCACCCUCUGCCCGCCCCUUUUCCGUGCCCUCAGUUGGCCCAGCCCCUGCCCGUUGCUGCCCCUCCCCUUGCCCCCUCAACUCCCCUGCCCCCCGUACACCCCAAGUCCCAUCCAACCGCCCCCACCCUCCCCCGGCUGCCCGUUUCCGCUCUCCACCCCCGCGACCGUGUGCGGCUUCCAACCGCCCAACGGUGGUGCGCACGGGGCGUUUCUUCGCACUGGGCAAGCCUCCCCGGGGGCCCCCCACCCCGCUGGGUCGUUUCACACCCCCUGCCCCCUCAUGCCAUCCGCUCCCCCCGCCCCUACCCUCCGCGUGCCCGCUCCCUUGCCGCCUCUUUUGACCCUCCCUGCCCCCCCUCGCCGUUUCCCACCGCCCGCCAUUCGCUCCUCCCCGCCCGUGCGCUCCCCUCCUUUACCUUCUCCUCCCCCCUCCCCUCCUCUGCUGCACGCCUCUUCCUUCCCCUCGCCGACCCACUCCACUCCCUGCCCCUCCUCAAUCCGCACCCUGCCCCUCGUAUCUCGCCCCCCUAUGCUUGCUUCUCCCCUCCCUGCCCCUCCCUCCUCCCCGCCCUGCCCCUCAUUUUCCGCCCCCCCCCCCCCACGCCCGGUUUCUCCCCUCCCCGCGCCUCCCUUUCUUUCUCCGUGCCUCUCCUUUGCUCCCUCCCUGCCCCCGCCUGCCCAUGCCCCUGUCUUUGGCUUCUCCCCUCCCUGCCCCACGUUUCUUCCCUCCCUGCCCCCCGUCUGCCCCUCCCUUGUUUUCCCCUCACCCAUUGCUUCUCUCCUCCCUGCCCUUGAUUUCCCACACCCCUGCCCUCGUUUCCUAUCAUCCAUGCCCCUCGUUUCCCCCCUUUGUACGUUCAGCCUCUUCCCUCCCUGCCCCUCCCUUCCUCCCCCCCUGCCCUUUGCUCUCCCCUCUUGGCCCAGCCCCUGCCCGUUGCUGCCCCUCCCCUUGCCCCCUCAACUCCCCUGCCCCCCGUACACCCCAAGUCCCAUCCAACCGCCCCCACCCUCCCCCGGCUGCCCGUUUCCGCUCUCCACCCCCGCGACCGUGUGCGGCUUCCAACCGCCCAACGGUGGUGCGCACGGGGCGUUUCUUCGCACGGGCAAGCCUCCCCGGGGGCCCCCCACCCCGCUGGGUCGUUUCACACCCCCUGCCCCCUCAUGCCAUCCGCUCCACCCCGCCCCUACCCUCCGCGUGCCCGCUCCCUUGCCGCCUCUUUUGACCCUCCCUGCCCCCCCUCGCCGUUUCCCACCGCCCGCCAUUCGCUCCUCCCCGCCCGUGCGCUCCCCUCCUUUACCUUCUCCUCCCCCCUCCCCUCCUCUGCUGCACGCCUCUUCCUUCCCCUCGCCGACCCACUCCACUCCCUGCCCCUCCUCAAUCCGCACCCUGCCCCUCGUAUCUCGCCCCCCUAUGCUUGCUUCUCCCCUCCCUGCCCCUCCCUCCUCCCCGCCCUGCCCCUCAUUUUCCGCCCCCCCCCCCCCACGCCCGGUUUCUCCCCUCCCCGCGCCUCCCUUUCUUUCUCCGUGCCUCUCCUUUGCUCCCUCCCUGCCCCCGCCUGCCCAUGCCCCUGUCUUUGGCUUCUCCCCUCCCUGCCCCACGUUUCUUCCCUCCCUGCCCCCCGUCUGCCCCUCCCUUGUUUUCCCCUCACCCAUUGCUUCUCUCCUCCCUGCCCUUGAUUUCCCACACCCUGCCCUCGUUUCCUAUCAUCCAUGCCCCUCGUUUCCCCCCUUUCCCCUGCCCGUUGCUGCCCCUCCCCUUGCCCCCUCAACUCCCCUGCCCCCCGUACACCCCAAGUCCCAUCCAACCGCCCCCACCCUCCCCCGGCUGCCCGUUUCCGCUCUCCACCCCCGCGACCGUGUGCGGCUUCCAACCGCCCAACGGUGGUGCGCACGGGGCCAUUACCGCCCCUCUCCCCUUAUCCCCCACCACGCCCCCAAGCAGGCCUUUCUCCCCCCAGCCUCCCGUCUCCCUGCCCUUAGUACCGCCGCGCUCUGCCCGUGCGUCACCCUUGCCCACUUCAUACCACCUCCCCCUUCUCCCCCCCCCCCCGGCUUCUCCCUAUCAUCACCCGCAUGUUCCCCCACUCCCCUGUCCACAACGUCCCUCCACCCCCCUUCCUGCUUUCCCCACUCCCACUCUGCCCCCCACACCUCUACGAGCCGUACUUCCCCCUCCAGCCUCCCUUUCCCCCCCAGCUACUUCCGCAUCCAGCCCACCUACCCCAGCCUCCCUCUACCUCUCCCUAACUCCACACCGCCGUUCCUACCCCCAGCCAAGGUCUACACCCCUUGCUUUUGCUCCCUGGGCUUCUCCCCCUUCUCCAACACCCUCCAUAUUUCCUCCCCCCUGGGGCUCGCCCAUCCGCAGCUAUCACCCUUCAUCGAUUCCCCAAUUCCCUCUGUCCCCUGUUUCCCGGCCCCGCAUCCUAUCCUGCAUUUACCACAGCACCUCCUUUCGGUGCCCUCUCUGCCCUCCCACGUUCUCACCCCCCGCCUCCCAACCUUCUCAUUACCCGCUACCAGGCUCACGCCAACUCGACUACCCACUACCCUUUGCCCCUUCCUCUCUGUUCCCCACCCUUCCUUUCCCACCUGGCUCCACCUGCCCACCCCCACCUCCCGUGGAAUUCUGCCCUGCCCUCCCCACCUCUGGCCCACCACCUGUCCCCACACCCUGCUCACCCACCGCUACACCACCCCCGCCCCCCCACCUCCACUACAGCCCGCCAACACUUCCCCUCUCAAUCGGCCCCCAGCCCGCCCCCCCCCUUGGGCCCCAAUCCCCUCCAACUGUCAGGGCCCCCUCUACCCUCUCUUCCACCCACUGCGCACCGCUUUCCCCACCCUUUUCCCCUUUCCCCAAGCUAACCCCCCGCACCCCGGCCUCUGCCAGGGAGUUCCUUCCCCCUUUGACGCCCUCUUGAGCCAACCCCAGCAACUCACCACCGCCACCGCCAGGCAUGCUGCCUCUGUAACAAUGCCCCAGCACCCCGCGAGUGGGGGAAAGGCAGGCCCGGGAGCCCCUCGGCGAUCUGGGAGGUCCCGCAGCCGAGCCACCCCCUACUCUCCCACUCCCCCCACUUCAACAGUCAGGAAGAAACAACACACACCUGACCAAGCGAAAACACUCACACAAUCUGACCCUAGGGGCCAGAAGCGUACCUUUGAAGAGGAUGGAACAGAGGAACGCCAAGCCCCACUGGAGGAAAUACACGAGGAGGAGCCAGCACGCUCAAAACCGCGCCCUACCCCCGCUGCCCCAUCCCAGUCUACCCCCCCUUCAGGUGACAGCGGGGGCGGCACCCAUGCAUGCUCAGUAGAGAGAUCCUCCAACUCACUCGCUACCUCCCAUUCGCAAACCAGAUUACUUGUGAAAACACUUAAUCCUACCCGCACCCCCAAGCACAUAGAAGCGGGAGAGGGCAGAGCCAGGGGGGAACUUGCAGCUGACACUGCACGGGAAGGGGUAAGUGAGUUUGUGUGUGAAGGAGCAGCAGAGGCUACAGAGGAUGGGGCAGCAAAGGCUGCACGGGAAGGGGCAAUGGGGGUUGUGGGGGAAGGGGCAGCAGAGGCUGCAGAGGAAAGGGCAGCAGAGGCUGCAAGGGAAGGGGCAGCAGCGGCUGCACGGGAAAGGGCGGCAGGGGCUGCACGGGAAGGGGCGGCAGGGACCGUGACUCUGGCCAGGCAAAGGGCAGAGGCCAUGGAGACAGGUUUUGCAGGAGUAGGGGCCACGGAACCUGCUGCUGUGUCGGCUGGGGGAACCGCAGCAGAGGAGGCUAUAGGGACCGCACCAGCAGUCGAGGCUGCAAGGACUGCAGCAGGAGCGACAGAGGCCACAGCGGGGGCUGGUAUAGGGGGAGGUGCUACGGGUGCAGCGGGGAAGGGGGUAACGGGGACUGGUGCGAGGGAGAGUGCCGCCCCGGCUGUAGCAAGAGAGGGUACGGCAGGGGCCUCAAAGGCAGAAGGUGAGGCUGCAGCUGAAGCAGCAGGGAGGGCCAUAGCACGGCCAGUAGGGGCGGCAGGGGCCGCAGCAAACUCGGGGAAACACACAGCAGGGCCGGCAGGGCCGGCAGAGACUGCAAAAGGGGCUAGCAGUAAAGCGGCAGCAGGCGGGGUGGGCUUGGGGGACAUAGGGGCAACAGGGGAAGGAGAGGGGAGGGUGGUCCCGACCGGGGUGGGCACUGAAGAGGGGGAUGUGAUAGCGAUAGAGGAGGAUGAGGGAGAGGAUGUGAUGCACAUUGACGGGCCACUGGCCCAAUACCUCACGCUUGACGAAGGACCGAUGGAGGGGCUGGGGGAGACCUUGAGGACAGAGCCGCGCGAGGGAGCCCCCAUCCUCACCUCCCGUCCUCCAGCCCACCAGCCCCCAGGAGCACCACUUCCCCACCCCCACCCUCAGGUCCCGGUAGUGUCCAGGGGGGCAGCCAAGGCCCUGGCCUUCUUGGCGGAGCCGUGCUCCCCGACCCCCACGCUGCUCCAUGGCCAGCCCCCCUCUCCGUCCCCAACGCCUGACCCCACGGUUGCAGGCGGUCCACCGGGAGAGCACGCGGCACACCUCUGCCCCCACCCUCAGGGGCUCCUUAGAGCACCACGUGGAGCAGCCAGGGCUCUGGUCUUCCUAGAGGAGCCAUGCUCCCCGACUCCUACCAACACCCAGCCACCCCUUACCGGCCCACUACCCCCUCCUCCACCAGGCCCCCCCCCACCCGGUAGUACACACAUCUCGGAGGUUGAAGCAUCUCUGCGGCCAAAUCCCUCUCCCACACGCUACAGGCACCCAAACCACCCGAGUCGCCGCACAGCCCCAACACGCCCACCCAACAGGCUGCCCUCCCCACACCACCCCCCCCAGGCAGCCGAGACCCACCCGCAAGGGCUUGCGCCCCAGGCUCAUGGGAGCGGCGGCACCCGGGUAGAGGGGCCCACAGGAGAGGCCACCACAGAGCCCACACAAAUCUCUCUCCCCCCACCGUUUGUACCUCGCUCUAACCUCCACACUGGCCCAGCCCCUCGACCCCCACCUCCAACCCCCUCUCCCGGCCGGGUUCCCCACGAGUGGCCCCGUUGGGCAGCCAUCACCCCCCACACACAGCUUGCCCGAUCUGUUCCCACGGAGGGGGAUGUUUCGAGGAGAGUGGGGAUGCACACAGAGCACCCCCUGCCUGGCGAACCACCCAUCCUCCCUCCACCCACCCCUUUGGCCCCACAGCCCCCCCUUCCUUCACAAACAGGCGCGGACAACCAGCCCGACCACCAAACCUACACUCCCGCCCCGCUCCUGCACCUCCACAGGGCCAUGGGAGCGGACCAGCCCACUCACCCCCAUUCUGCCCCUCCCCGUGCUGUGUCCCCCUCCCAGGUGGCGGCGGCCGCGAUCGCUACUGGGAGGGGGGCCGUCGGGUUGAGGGAUGCGCCCAUGGCAGACGCCACCGACUCCCCCUCCCAUCCCUCCCACCCCUUCCAUGUCGACGACCCCCUACCGCAACCCAUGGUGAUUGGGGAGGGCCAAGGGGGCCUUCUAGGGCAGGGUCCACACCCGAGCUCCGCUCAGCCAGCACGCCCCACUCCACCCUCUACCCUGCCAGCCCUCCUACUCUCACCUACAGGCAGGCAGGUCUUCGAGACCCCAGAGGAGCCAGGCGCGUCACUCCCGACCCCAAUGGAGACGGACCGGGGUCUGAGGCCGUGUCACUCGCACCUAGACGGGGUGGCGCCUCCCCCCGUUCAGCCCGUGGCGCAGGAGGUCACCAGCAGUAGGGAUGAGGCAUCCGCCCCUACCGAGACCCCUCCGCCUGGGGUAGCAGAGCCGUCACUUGAACCGCACCCCGCCGAGGGGCAGGAGCACACCACGGCACACACUUCAGGCUCACCUCCACGUCCCCCCUCCCCAGCUUCAACACCGGCGAUCCUGUCGGAGCUCAGGCCGCCCACGGGGUCCCCUCUACAGCCAGUUCCGACGCCACGGCCCCCGAUUGACCCCGCCGACACGGCGACAUCACCCGACCAGGUCGUGAGUUGCCCCACCUGCAGGAGCUCUCUCGCGAACCGACGCGCGCUCCAGCACCACAUUCCCUUCUGCCAUCCUGCGGACGCGGCUCGCAGGGCGCAGGCUGCCCAUGAUACCCGCCUCGAUCAAUCCCUUCCCUCUCACAGCCCCUCCGCAUUGCCCAGGACCCGGAGGCUGCUGGCACCUACCUUCCUCCUCGCUGCAGCGCCGACUCUUUUCCUUGUUCCAGCGACGCCACCCGACCGCUCGCACACGGCUGCCAUUGCAACGCGCAUCUCUCGCUUUGGUCGAGGUGAGUGGGCUGAGCUAGUCUCAGAUGCACUAGGCCGUCGCACACCCCUUCCUCGCCGCACAGGUCACCGGUCACGCACCGCCACCGAUCCCUCUGCAGCAGAUGAGCGCCGCAUUGCACGUUGCCUUCGUCUGGCAGCGUGCAAUGAGACCUCACGGGCGUGCGCGGCUCUCGAGUCCGCGGAGGCAGCCCCAGAUACACAGGGGACGAUACAGCGCCUGCAGUCGAAGCACCCCAACGCGGAGAGGCCGACCCCAGCUUGGCUGUCUGGCUUCCAGGGGUCCCCUCUCGUGCUCUCGAUGGCGAGGGUCUUCUUGGCAUCACAGCAGUUUGGGGUGGGGGUUACGUGCGGGACAGAGGUCGUAGUUAGAGGCGUCCGCCGCGCUCUGGCUGACCACCCAGACUGGGUGGUCCUGCAGCUAGACGUGGCGAAUGCCUUUAACUCUUUCCACCGAGACAGGAUGUUUCAGGCGCUGCAGGCCAGUCCGGAGUUUCAGUGUCUGAUCCCCUUCAUCGGCCUCUUCUACGGGACGCCCUCGGAUCUCCACUACAGGUCAGGCACGGGAGUGGUCACGAUGCACUCGGAGCGGGGCACUCGCCAGGGAGACCCUCUCAGCCCCUUCUUGUACGCUCUGACACAGCGUCUUGCUUUGGAGCCGGUUCUGGCGGAGGGGGAUGUCCAGCUCUGGUCGUACGCCGAUGACACGUACGUGCUAGGUCCCCCAGACAGGGUGCUGCACCAUUUUGCCGAGAUCGUGAGGCGCUUGGGCGAGAUGGGCCUUGCAGCCCAGCCGCACAAGUGCCUCGUCUACCAGACAGAGUCCUUUCUGUCCAGGGAUCUGGAGGCUUUCACGGGCCUAGGGAUCGAGGUCGCACGCCGAGGGCUCACCGUGACAGGCGUACCGGUAGGCACCGUUUCGUUCGUGGAGCAGAGUCUCCCGGAUCGUCUCGAGAGGAUGGGGCGGGUGCUACCUUGGCUUCCGAGGUUGCGCCAGCCCCAGACAGCUGCCCGCCUUCUUUCGGCGUGUGUCAGCACUCGUCCGCAGUACCUGUCGAGGACC